AUGAUCGUGAAGCACCACAAAAGAGGUCCUGUCUUCAAUCCUGACCCACCAACAAGUCUUUAUUUACAGGUAAGUCAACUCGAGUACAGUGAUCACUGGGUUGAUGUCGGGUAUGGGAACUAUACCGUUUUUAUGUCUGAUAAGCUAAUAUGUUUUUUUUCUGCAGAGCAUAUGUAGCAUGAUCAACAAGACAAUUCUAAGAAGAUGAGAAUAAAACGAUCUUAUGAUUAUGAGUUAAUAACCGUAAAAAGACUGUUUACAACUGUUAAUAGCUCCCCGUGAGACAAGUAGGUAUAGAAACAGAGAUAUAGGCUAACAGAAAUAUUUAGCGUCUUUGUGGUAUAUUACCAAGCAGCCUCAAAUUAAACAUCAUUUCAUGUUGACACUUUUUAAACAUGAAAACCAUGUGUUAGCCCUUUAAUGCCUGACACCACAAAUUAUGGCCAGAAUUUAUUUUAUUAUUUUUUUUUUGGAGCUGAAAUGUUUAUUUUACUUAUCUCUAAAAACCAAAAAAAUCAAAAUGUCAUUAAAAUUUAACAAAUAUAUUUAUUUAUCUCAUUUGAUACAUUAGAUGUUUUUUGGAAACUGACAAACUACAAGAGGACAUUUUUAUCAUUUAUCGGACUGUAUUCAGGUGUUUAUUUUAGUAAUUUGUUGAUCAUACUGACUUGAUAGAAGUAUAUAAAAGUAUGCAUCAAAUAUGAUACAAAAGACAUUAAAGGGUUAAAACCCUCCCAACACUUCAUGUGACCCACUUUCCCUGCUCUGUACUGUAUGACUGCAAUAACUGCCAAAAGUGGUAUUCCUGAAAGAAAGCUGUAUAAAACUAUUAGAACACAAACUGCAGUCAUAUUAAUUUAAAGCAUUAUUAGAGUUUCAUGUUAAUGGUGUAAAUCUGCCUCCAUGUUUACACCUGACACUGAGGAGCUCAACAGGUGCCACAUGAGGGCAGUGUAAGCUAGGUAAUGUUGAGGAAACCCCACCAAUCCUUCACAAUGAGCAGCACAUUUAAAGUAUUCAGUGCUUGAGCAAACAUUCUUAAACCUGACUGUCUGUUCUUUUUUCCCCUCUAAUCUUUUAUAUUAGUUGUUUUUGAUUUAUGCUUUUAUCUUUUUUCUUAUCUUUAAUCAAAAGUCAAUUAUAUAACCGUCAUACCAAUGAUUGAUACAAUAGAAUUUGGUGGUUUGCAAAUCAUUUUAAUCAUGCAGCUAUUAUGAAACAGUGUAAAAACAGUAUAUCAAAUGUUGAAAUUGUUUUCAUUGUUUUUUUGACAAAUGUUGCUCAUUUUAAAUUUGAUGAUUCAGUGAAGUUGGGACAGACAUGUCUAACCAUUGUGUUGCAUCACUUCUUGCCGUAAUGGUUCAAUAUAAGGGUUAAGUUUUGAUGCCCCAAAUCUCACUAAAAUAAACCAGGUCUUUUCUGAAACAGUCAUUAUCUUGAUAGCAGCAUAUGUUGCUCUUAAACCUGCACAUAAUGUUCAGCGUUAAUGGCGCCUUCCCAGGUGUUUAAGCUCCCAUAUCAUAGAUGCUGACUUUAAUCAUCCGAACAAAAGAAAUCAGCAUAAUGGAAGACAUUUUUUUUAACCAUAGCAUCCUUUAAGUCAUCAUAGACUGGACAGUAUAAUAGAAAAUGAAUCUCAUUAUUCUGCAAAUGUGCAACUGUUUACCCUUUUAGUCUUUACUUCUUCUGAGAGAUCCAGCCAUAUCAUUAACCUGUUGCAAAGACAACUUUUGUAGUUUUUUUUUUUUCAUGCAUUUUAUGUCUUUUUCUGUGUCUCGUUCUCCCUGCCCCGACUUUUUUAAAUGUGUUGCUGGCAUCAAAUUAAAAACAAAAUUCUAUUUUUCAAAAAACAACACAUUUUUCUCACUUUCAACAUUUAACAUGUUGUUUUUGUGCUAUUUUCUGUGGAAAAAAUAGGGUUUAAAUGAUUUGCAAACAUAGACUUUAAAUAGAAUGGAUGCUGUCUGCCUCCUCGCUGGGUGAAGCCAUCCCGAGAACAGCACCCUCUGGUGACGGGCUGCAGUAUAGGUCAUAAAUCCCGACUCCUCCAGCCAUCCUUAUGGACCUGUGGACAAACUUUAGAAAUCUAUUACACAGAACAUACAUUUUUCUCCCCCCUGCUUGUUGACAUGUAGUUACUGUAAGACUGGUUUGUGCUCAAGUCCUCUUUUUUUCUGUGCAGCUCCAUUUUUAAAAGUUAUUAGGGGGUUCAUGUUUUCUAUGAUUGACACUUGAUACAGCCUAUGGGCGUACAAGAUUGCGUAGCUUACCUGGGGGAUAUGUUGUUUGAGCCGAGCGUCAUCACAGCGAUUCUUGGCGACUCUCCCACCGCUACUGCACAAUUUUGGUUUCAGGAAGUGGAGAAAAAUCAUGGGACUACUGAGAGCUUUUCGGCUUCAAAUCCGUAUACUGGCGGAAGCAGAACCAAGUUGUCCAUAGUUUAUACAGUCUAUGUUUGCAAACUAUCACCAAUUUUUGAAGUGUCUGAACAUAUUUGAAAUGUGGCUGUAAUUGACACAAUCAUUAAUUUGUUGUGGCAGACUCUUCCCCCUAGAUGAUUCAUAAUAGGCCUCUGUAUACGGUCAUUUGCAGAUGGGACAUGAUGUCACAUGAGGGUUCCUCAGUGUCCUCUCCAUAUUGUCCAGCGGAUGAAGAGCUCCCUACUGUGUCAUUUGCUGUCAUAAAUGGUGAUGGAGACAAUUGCUCAUUUAUCAUGAGAAGCGGUGCAGUAUGGGCGUCUUCAAUUGCCUCCUCCAUAGCGUCUCAGUCUUAUUCACACACUGAGGAUUCAUUCUCACAUCAGUGAUUAGCCAGAUGUGAGCGAGUUUAGCUGCCAGCCAGGAAUGAGCUCUUUCACACGCUACAGCUGUCCUGAAAUCAUUUUUCCUUUUCCCUGAUUACAUAACUCCAUUUCUUUCGCAAUUAUUGUAGAGGCAAAAUGCAAUUUGAUGAGAAAAAUCAACCUCGGCCCGAGAAUUGCUUUGUGGGAGGAGACACAGGGGUUCUUAGAGAUGAUAAUCUGUUAUAGAGUUGUGAGUUUCCUAAUUGUGCUUUCAUGAGAUGUCAUUGAUUAAUGGACUAGUUGACAGACAUCCUGUGAAUGUUGUCCACAUGUGGACUGUCCACAGGGGUGCUGAAGCAUCCACUCCAGCCUCCCAGCAGCAUUGUGGAGGCUCUUUUCUGAGAGUUGGAGAGCGAGAAAAAGGGAGGGGGGGAAGCAGAGAAAAGAGAAAGAAACUUUAAGGCUUUCUGCAGCGCUGUUUGUAAAGGCAGAGUGAAUGAGAGCGGAGGCCGUGCAGCCAGCCACAUGGGCCGUUCUCACUCGGGAUAAUGGAGGCCUUUCUGUGGUUCUUAACCCCCUUGUCGCAUGCUGGGAACGGGCAGCCGUCCGCCCACUGCUCACAACAGACACGCUCAGACACGCUCACCCGCUGGAUAAUUGAAUUUUACACCCAGGAAAGUCACCCCGAGUCCUCAGCUACACGUGGCUCUGACAGGAACUCUCCCAGGAUCAGCAUCCCAUCCAGGAGAAGAGUCAGAAUUAGGCCGAGUGUUAAAGUAAGAAAGGGGGGUAUGAAGAGAGAAAUGGUGCCAUGUUAAAAAAAAAUUGGUCAAACAUGAUGGAAACAUGGAAAUAUCAGGAUCUGGUUCAUUAGAUUGUUCAUGGUUGCACAAACAAUUCUCCUCUGAACUUUUGUCUUGUUUGAAACGGGAGGUUUAGAAUAAGAUCUCUUCAAUAUAGGAUAAUAUACAGUGAGCAGUUAAAUAUGUUUAUUAGAAUCCCUUUAGGGUGAGUAAUGCUGCAUUCCAGUUACCUCGGAAGUCAGAUGUCGGAGCUGGGAAUGACGUUACACCUGAGUUGACGACGUUCCAGUUAACAAGUCAAAACCAAGAUGGAUGCCUACAGUUACCUGUUGUUAGCUGUUUGUUACAAUUGUCAGCUGUUGUUAGUUGUUGUCAGCAGUUGUUAGUGGUUGUCAGCAGUUGUUAGUUGUUGUUAGCCAUACCAGUUGUAAACAAUGCACAACACAGUACUUUCCUCUAACAAACACCAUAGCACUGUGUUCACAGUCAGAUACAGUUAGUACAAUACCACUUAUUUAAUUUUACAAAAACAAAACAGAAGUGCUGAUAAAUAAUACAUUACGAAAGCUUUCACUGUUACUCUUUACUGUUGAUGUACUGCGCUGCCAUCUUGGAUAAUGACGUUGUCGUCAAGUUGGAGUUGGUGAACUUGUCAGACUUUCGGAGUCGGAAAUCCGACUUCAGGGGGACAUUCCGGAUAAAUUUCCGACUUUGAGCUUGGAAAUUCCAACUUCCGAGUACAACUGGAACGCCCCCGACACGAGGCAGGGUUUUGUGUAUUUUUAUGAUUUUUCAAAUACAGCAGAAAAUAUUGUCCCUCUGAUUCUAUGAGCAGAAACAUCUCCAUGGCAACAAAAUCCUUUGGCGUCCUUAUGGAAUAUAACAUUAAACUGAAUAUUUCAAUUCACAUUUAAGUUAAAAGCCCUGCUUGUUUCUGAUCAUUAUUACUACUAUAGUAUCUAUGUGGGUAUUUCCAGUAUGCCUAUAUUGUUGCACCAACUCCUGCAAUGCAAAUCACACUGGUGCAAACUUGUGGGGAGAAGUCUGAACAUCUUUCCUAAAUCUCACCUGUCCAGAGAAGCUUUAAUGGACACAGAUGUGUCAGCGGUGUCCAGGUGAGGUCAGAAUAAGUAAAGGUUUCAUUCAUAUGUGAAUCCUAGCAUGCUUGCAGUAGUUCUUGCACUUCUGUGACGCUGCAGGCCACUAACAGAGCUGUUGGCUCAUUACAUAUUCACCAGAUGGAAAUUCACUGCAUAAAAGUUUGGACUUCCUUCAGAUUGUUGAUUUGUUUUAAGGUCACAGCAGGAUACCCAGUUUUAAUGUCCCCAUCGAGCAGAUAGCUCAUCGAAGCCAGAUGUGCCCUGAGGAAUCAUCGCAUUUGCAUUCAACAUUAGCUGCACGCUAUAAGAGCUUUUAUGGGUCCAGGCAGCUGUUUAACACCUCUGCAGAAUGUGCAGAAGACAACAGAGAGGCAUAGAGUUACCUACAGGUGGACUGUAGCGUCUGUCUUGUUUCCUACACAUGUGUUCAGAUGGAGAUAAGAUAGAGAUUAGUUAAAGGAGGAACAGAGAUGAGGUCUCUAACUGAGGGGGAUGGCUUGUAAAGGAUGUGAUGGUUAGAGGAAGGGGGGUAUUGAUGAAGUGAAGUGAGAGUGAUCCUAACCCCUCCCUCUUCCCCUCAGGCUGAUGAUCUCGUCGGCAGGGGGACGUGGGUCACUGCCUUCACCAGCUCCAUGACCAAGCACAAAAGGUGUUUCCUCCCUGCAGCCGUGGUCACUUUCACCUGUCAGUCAGACUUCCUCGGCUGUGGAGGGCGGCUGCAGGUGAGAGUUAAAGUGUGGCUACUGGUUCCUUCUGAGAGGCCGCCGGAGUCUUGCCAGGCUUCCAUGUCAAGAUGGACAAAACAGUUACUUCUAGAUAUUUGUGGACAACCAACGAUCGCACCCAUUAGUGUAGUAGUUCUGCAUGUCCUUAUUUGAAAAUAAUGUGCACUUAUUUUACACUCUGAGCUAAGUCAUGUCCUUUGAUACCUACAGCAACCAAGUAUGUAGAUGCUGUAAUAGAGCUGCCAGUGACAGCAGAUUUCCACCCCAUGAUUAUUAUGCCUUUCCAACUGUCCAACAGAUCACUGACAUUGAAAGAGGGUUUGUGGCUUUCUGUCUGACUCAGUCAUCGGCUCGACUCCUUCUGUUUACCUUCUGAGCUGUCCUCAGGUCAGUGUUUGCUCAGCCGUCACAUGCGCAUUACACUGUAUGCACUGUAGGAGGAGGAACACAGAGCUUUAAUGAGAACUCUGUGAUUGAUCCACAUUCAUGCCGCUCGUCACACAAUGCCCGAUGACCUGCGUGACUGCUUACAGCAAACACAGAGAGAACGUCACUCUGCGGAAACUAAUCACGAUCAAAUCUGUGAAAAGUCAUUUCCUUCAUGUAGAUGAGUAUUUCUUUCACAGUGCCACACUUUUUAAACAUAUGAUUUCCAGCACAAAGUAACACACAUCUCUUUACAUAACAGACUUAUGCUGUGGGUUAGGAUCAAGUAUAAAGUUAAUAAGACGGCCCUCUGUCUUUAGAACCAAGGGUGUCGAGCAUGUCAAAGGAAAACACCAAAUCACUUGCACUUUCUGCAACGUAAAAUGUAAAGUUUAGAAAGUCCGUAAAAAUACCUCAUAACAUUGAGUCCAAUUGUAGCCAAGCGGUUUUGCACUCUUAAAGGGAUAUUCCAGCCUAAAAUUAAUGUAGGUUCAAACACACCGUAACACCGAGUUAGACACCCCCUCGAGAGAUGACAGCUUGCUUCUCUAGUUAUACCAACUUUAGUAACAACCUUAUCUCUGUCUCGUCUCGGUCUGAUUGCAUUUCCAUAAAGUAAUGAUCAUAAAUGUUCUUCCUUGAGCUGCGUCACCCCACAGCAGUCUGUAAUGGACUGGCCUGAGGUCAGUCGAUGCAAACAAGUGGCUGCUGGAAGAGAGACAGUGAGUUGUGUUUAGUCUCUUUGAUAAAGAAAUUAGGCAAAGUUAAAAAGAAAUUUGGUGGUUAGUACUGUGACUGGGACCCUAUAUGUACUGUUGAUGAAGUUAGGUGCUGUUCUGAGCAUUAUUUGUGGCUACAGAGUGGCGUUCUGGUUGGGUUGUUUAUGACUCCUCAGACUGCUGUGUAUUACUAUCCUGCGGUUGUUACUAAAGUUGGUAAAACUAGAGAAGCAAGCGGUCGGCAACAUUCAUCUCUCAAGGCGGUGUCUAACUCGGUGUUACGGCGUGUUUGACCCUAAAUUGAUUUUACACCGCAAUAUCCCUUUAACAGUCACAACCAUGAGAAAUUAAAGAGCUGCAGAAAACUUUCUUAACCUCACAGCAAGACGGGCCCUGAGAGUAAGUUUGCUGGUGAAAAAACACUGUCAGUGGACACAGGCCCUUGUGUUUUGUAUGGAUCAGUCAGAAGACAUUAUACCAUUGUUUUUAACAGAUUAUUUCAAAUGUUGCUGUAAUGAUAAGUUAAACUGAACUUUACAAGUGAAAUCUGUCAAACUUCUCAAUUAGAUCUGACUACAACAUGUAUAAAGAAAGAAAUGACCAUUUAAAAUGACAAAUAAGUCUGAAGUAUAGUCUUUUUAGGGUAAGUUACAUUUAAAUGGCAUUAAAAUUGGUGUUAGCGCACAAUAUAACUAUCAUGCCCAUCAUUUUUGUUUAGGAAAAGACUAAAAACUCACAAAUCUUGUGUCUGUUUUGAGGGAAAUGAGCCUUUAAAUGAGUUUCUUAAUGAUUUUUCUACUUAAACAGUUCAACAGGUUGCCUCUGACUGAGAAGAUGUCCCUUUUGUGCGUCUGCACGACAGUGACUCCUGCUGUUACUCUCGACACCAGCAGAGGGCGACAUUUUCCCGCCGGCUUUUACCUCAUCCAACCCUUCUUUCACCACCGCCUCCUCCAGCGCACCUCCUCUCUGUCUCCACCGACGGCCCCUCCCAUCAAAGCCAUAACCUCUCCUAAUCCCCCCCACCCCUCGUUGCCGUGGAGACGGCUCAGACGAGCAGGUGAUGCAUUGACAGAGAGCAGAUGGUUCCCUGCAGAGGUAAGCACGGCUGAACAAUGCUUCCAUAUUCAUCAUAAAGUCUCUCUUACUCUCUCUCUCUACUUCAGCUAAACGUGCACACAUAACUUCAAACACCAGUGGCUCAUGCACACACACACACACACACACACACGCACACAAACAUACACACAAACAGAUAUUUCAUAACUUUGCUUUAACAAUCAAAUUGUGAAAUUUCUGAUCAGUUUGUGAACACAGAAAAGUUUGUGCAGAAGUUGAAAUGAUGUAUAAAUAGAAACUCCUCCCAUUCAAAAAAGUGAGUUUACAGUAGAUGAAAAAGUGUAGACGAACAAAAGUGGUCUCGCCGCCUCUGCUGUCCUUUCUCGUUCCUUCUGCAGGUGUUUUUGUGCUUUUUCGCUGCAGUAACUCACUCCUCUAAAGAAGCUCCUCUUUUAGCCCCUGUCUCCCCUGGAGAUAAAGUACAGACACCCCACUCUGCCUGUCCCUUUCUUUCAGCUAACUCUUGAAUAAUCCAGCAACAAUGCACGGCUCUGAGGCGGUGUGCAGCGAUUCGCCGGAGGCCUGACUUGUUUUGGGGGUGCACUUUUGUAGGGGGGGAUUGCAUUAUGGAGAUCAGCUAAUGCAUGUAAAACACUGCAUCCAUUUUUUUUCUACUGGAACAAGUGGAAAAGAAAAAAGUACGCGGGACAAUAGAGGCCUCAAAAUGCUACGCUUAACCCACCACACCUGGAGCACACAACAGGGGGUGAGAGAGGCAGCCCCGACCUCCCCCCUUUCCCUCCUCCUGCCUCACCCAUCAUCACCAGCACCUAUCAAUACAAGCUGUAAAGAGUUUAGCUGGGAGGGGGCCAGCCUGUAUUCACAGCUCUGACUAUGAUAAAGACGCACAGUGAGGAGCCAUUCAAGAGCCCUGUGCCCAUAAUGGAGUCACUAAUAGGUGCCUAUUCAGCGAGAAAAGUGUUUUCUGGAGGAGGAAAAAAAAGUUUUGGGGAAGCAACAAUCACUUUGUCUGCAGCCUUGUGUAUGUAAAAUUUAUGCAGCGCUCCUCCCCUCCGCCCCGCUCCAACUCUUUCUGCUGUCUUUUUUUUUCUUUCUUUAAAAAGCGUCAUCAGUGAAUAGACGACAUGCAUAGUUUGGAGUCUUCCUUUCAUCCUUACUUGAAAAUAAAUUGAAUGGUCUGUUCUUGAGUGAGUUCAGCACAGCAGCACAGGAAUACACACACUCCUCAUUCACCCUCUCUAUACACAAAACUGUCAGACAUAUUCACAGGUGGAAAACCUUGACUUGUAUUUUUGUCCAGAUUUUUUAAUUCAAACAUUAUUUUGAAAAAAAUCAGCAUGCUGUUGCUAUUUGUGUCCCAUCCAGAACACUAUACAAUGUGUAUUUUUCACCAAAUAUAAGGAGCCACAGGUAAAAGUUAAGAGCAAACUUUCAAAAUUUGUAAAAAGUUUACUCAAAAAUAGUCUAAGAAGUGAAUUUACAGUUUAAAAGUUUAGUUAAGUUUUCUUUUGGCUUUAAUUAACCACAUCAGUGCCAAUUUUGUGGAAGAAUUAGGGCCUGUGUCCACUGACAGCAUUUUUUUUUUUUUUUACAGUGGUAGCACCCACAACCUCAAUUUCAGGGCACCUCUCACUGGAACUUACUGUUUCUAGAUAAGUUGUUCUGUGGCACCUCUUCCACAACAGCCUCCUAUAAAAGUGACAAUUUUAAGUCUGUUUGAAAUUGCUUUGAAUACUGCAUUUGCUUUUAUUCAAUAGAGUAAAAUCAGAAAAUCAAAUGAUAGAUACAGAGCUGUAAAGUUGUUGGUGUUUUCAUCCUUUGACAUACAACCAGCUAGCGUCUUGCUAAUGUGUUUGUCGGUUGUUUUGGUAUGUGAAGUUAAGGGUAAACCAGAUGAGGGCGCAGUCUUACAUUGGUAAAAGGUGGCAUAUCACUACCCACCUUAGCAAAAGCAGACAUACUUUUGGUAAUAGACUGAUUUUCUCCUGGUGCUCAUGUAUGAGGACGAGCACAGCAGUGCAGUUAAAUCGCUGUAUAGAGCUGUGACUGAACUAUCCCUGAUAAUAGGAGCCGCCUGGGCAAAAAAGUCAAUAGUAGACACAGGCCCUUGUGGAAGCAGAGUCAAAUAAGUAUGACCUAAGAAGAAUAACUUAUGUAGUGUAAAUAACUCUGUAAACAACAUGUAUUACUCAAGGAUCCAUCCAUUAACUUCACUGCUUACUAAGAUGUGAUCGUGGGACUACUUCAGGAUGAUCCUUUUUACGAUUAAACCCCAAAGACAGUCAAGGUAAAAGGACUGCAAGAUCCUUAUUUUAUCACAACACCAGAGGAAUAUCGGAAUAUUUGCUCGAAAAUCAAUCCCUGAUACUUUCUAAUGCCUGACAUUUUGAUUAUUUUGAGGCUUGGCUCAUUUUCUCUAUUCUCUUGGAUGCAAAUGUCUUACAUUACAAGCUUCAAAACCGCUCUGACCUUUUAAAGACCUUUCACUUAAGACUUUGAAUAUACAGCUGAUCCAAUUCUAGGCUGGAACUUCAGGGUUUUGUUACAUCUAAUACACAGAAAUAUAGUUUUUUUGCGAGCAAGAUACAGACGCCCCCAUUUCCUCACUAAGUUUGAUUUCAGCGAUAACAUUUAGCAUUGUUUAAUUAUAAGUUACAGCUUCACAUGGCUGUCUGUCUCCCUCUAAAAGACCUUGACCAAAGUAUUCUUCACAAAUCACGUCAUUCAAAAUACCCUUUGUGUUGCUGAUUGACAAAAUGUACAAAAAGGACCAAAUACUUUGUUAAAUCUUCAGUAUUUCUUCUACUAAAUCUAAAUAGUCUAAGUCAGUCUAAAUCUAAAUGACUUCUUGUGAAAAAUCUGUCAUAGUUUGGGGGGAAAUCUUCAUGCAACACACUUCAGAAACUUAGCUAAUGUAUUUCAACAUUACUGUCUAGAUGUGGUUUGUUUGCUUUUUAAUAUAUAGCACACAUAUAUUUGGAAGAGAGAGUGACUAUUACAUCUCUGACUGUUUUUCAGGCCUGGAAGCUGCCCUGUCUGUGCCUCUAGCAUCUUCAUUUGGCGCUGCCCCCCUCCUGUCCAAAGCGAUCAGGGGAGUGGACCCUUAUGGGUGAGCUGACUAAUCUCAAAAUGCUCAAACCAUAUUGAAAAGAAGGUCUGAACUGAGAAAUACUGAGACCAUAUUGUGCAGCGUGUCAGAGGGCUCAGCCCACAGAUUGAUGAGAUGAGGAAAUAACAGAGCUAACCAGGGGGCUAAGAGGGGCGCAGGGGUCCCGGCAUGGCAGGGUAACCAGGGUUUGGAGUCAGAGCAGGACUCCCCACAGGCCCGCCAGGCAGGGCCGGCGCAGGUCAAUGCUCUUUGAUUCUGGGUCCCGCGGCCGACAAAGGGCAGCACGCAGUGGGCCAGGCUGUGAUCCUUAGAAGUCCAUGAAAGCUCUUGUAAUUGUGUUUUUAUGUGUUUAGAGGGAGGCUUUGUCAGCUUUGUGUGUGGAUGUAUGUGUUUAUUUAUGCGUAUUUAAAAGGGAAAGUGUGCAUUUGCAAAUCCAAGUGAGCUUUUCUGAGCUAAGUUUUAGUCUUAAAGAGAAAAAUGUUUAAAAGUGAAAUACUAUUUCAUCUAUGUGGCAAAUGACAUACAUUUAAACAACAAAAUUGAUUUCAGAUAUUCCAAACGUUUUAGCCAACAAGUCCUCUAACUCACACAACCACAGUUGUCGUUUUUGCAAGCACUUGAAUAUGACCAUAUGGAGCGUUUUCAAAACAAGCGCCCCUAUCGGUGACAUGAAGCACAUACUUUUUUGCCGAUGAGCAUUGUGGAUAAAAUUUAAUAGUAAGCCGUAUUGUUGAUGAGCUAGUCAAAGUAAGUAGGCAGUUUGACUGUAUUUGAAUCGAGUGUAGGGAUAAGUUCUAUGUCGUCUUUGUCUGGUCAGACUAGCAUAUAACCAUCUGACUGGAGCAAUACUGAACCAGCACGGGUGUGUGGAUGUUAAAAUGCAAGGAGGAGCCAAGGCUGGUGGAGCUAAUAUUAGCCACAAUUGGCAAACUCGUUUUACAUCAUUUACCAGCAGAUUAUGUAAACUAAUGACAUAAAUGUUAAGUUGCGUUCAAUCUUGAAGUAAAGGCAGGAAAUUAGACUCUUUACAACAUCAUUAAUAAAACAACUAACUGACAAAAAUCAAAUUCCUUCAUAUAAUUCAUUUUUAAAUUUAAUACAAAAAUAGUAGAUUUAGAUAAAGUACAUAUUCAAAUUAGGUUUUCAACAGACGGACUCAUGAAGUAAUUCAUAAAACAGACUCAAAACCAUAAAACCAACAGAACUACUUUUUUCUGGAGCAAAAACAGCAUCAAACUAUUACCUCAUAUCCUAUAUCUGACUUUAGAAUGAGUUCUGUUCUCACUAGACAAACUUUAUGUUCAUAAAAGAGAAGUUUUUUAAAUCUGGGACAAUGUCUAUCCUUACUUCCCCUCACAAUGCAUUUUCUGCAAGUGUCUUAGCAACUGGUAUUGUUGCAUUUGGAUUACCCAUGAAGCACUGCAGAGCCCCUGGAGAGCAGCACAGAGGUGGAGAGUGAGUGUGUGAGUGUGAAGUAAGAGAGAGGGACAUGUUAAUUUCAGAUGGUCCUGAGAAGCUUUCAUGCAUCUCACAAGUUGUACUAAAAUCAGUUUGAUUAUUUCAACAAAUGUCAGAGUUUAAGAGAUGAUAAGAAAAGCACUCUGAGAUUUAGCAAAAGCCUCGCAUGCCGAGAAAAGCAAAGACUGGGAAGAGUUUGCUGCUCUCUGCAGAGUGUUUGGUCUGGUCACCAUGGAAACACAGACCACUCCCCACUUGUCCUCAGCCGUCAUUAAUAUUACACCAAGAGCGUAUAUACUCGGUCUUCCCUGUGAGUACAAAUCUGAAGGUGAAGAACCUCAAGCUGGAGUCACACUCUACAUAAUGAGCUUUGAUUGGAGAUACAGAUAGAGGCCUGUUCAGAAAGUGCACACAGACAUACACAGACACACACACACUCCACUGGGCUCUGAUUUGUGGAAUUGAUAGGCUCCAUUGUUUCCACAGAGCUUGCCACUAUAUGCCCUGUAAUGUAAUUAAGGAAAGGAGAUUUAUGCUGUUAUGUAGCAGCCCAGAACCUGAUCCAUGUUGUGUCUGGAGUCAGGCUGAAAGAGCUCCUCUCUGUCCAGCUGGUCCUGCUCUCUGUCCUGGUGUCUGUCACUGUGUGGAGCUUCAGCGCUGUUCUUCUUAAUGAGAGUUAAUGUUGACGUCUGAAAGAAACACAGGAUUUCAGUUUUCAAUGUGCCUAAAAGUUUUUAUUGAACAAAAAGAGCCUCUGAAGUUCAGCAAAGUAUCUUGUGAGAGCAAAAUGUUUUCAAUCAUGCUAUCAUGUUAUCUUGCAAAAACUUCAUAGAAGCUUCAUAGUAAUUAAGCACACAAGCUAUUUUCUUCUAAAUAACUUGUGCACAAGAUAAUAAACUUGUUCGCACAAGAUAUCAACUUUUGUGAUAAAUGAUAUCAUCUUGUUGGAACAAUAUUAUCUUGUCCCUAUAAGUUAUUAACAUGUUCACACAACAUUAUAACUAAAAGAAAUGAGCAAAAACUUGUUUCCACAAGAUAAUUAUAAAAUGCUGACAAGACUGUAGCUUGUUCUUGCAAGAUAACUACAUUGCACAGCAAGCUAAUGACUUAUUUCUGAAAGAUAACCUUGCUGGUAAAAGAUUAUAAUGUGUCCCAGCAAGAUAAUUGUUUGUGCGUUAGGUAAAAGCAUGUUCCCACAAGAUAACGAUAAUGUUCCAACAAGAUAACUUGUACACUGAUGAUAAUGACUAGCCAAUACAAUACAAUACAGUAUUAUAUCUCGACGAGUUUUGCUCUCAGGAUUAUAUCUUAUCUGAAUGAGAUAACAAUGUUGUGAACAUGAUACUGACUUGUUCUAACAAGAUCAUUGUAUUAAAAAUAGUUAUCACAAGAUUAAUAAAUUGUGCGCACAGGAUUAUAACUUGGCUGAGCAAAAGAUUAUAUUGUGUGCUCAAGAUAACUUCAUUCCAUGACAUUAAAAUUCCUCUGUGUACAAGAUAGCAACUUGUUGAUGUAACAUUAUAAUGAGGCAAGCAUAUGACAAUAGCUUGAUCCCGCAAGAUAAAUAUGUUGUGCUUACAAUCUAACAAGAUUAUAUUGAGGGCACAAAAUAUUUUUGAGUUCCCACACAUAACACUUUAAAGUUGUGUGCACAGGAUUAUGACUUGUCUGCACAAGAUUAAUAUAACUCCUGCACAAGAUGUUAACUUGUUCCCACAAUACAGUAAUGGUUUUGCAUUCGAGACGUGACUCAUUCGCACAAGAUUAUGAUGUUGUUGGUGCAAGAUAAUUUGUAUCCACAAAAUUAUUAUACUGUCCAUAUAUGACCAUGACUUGUUCCCAAAAGACCAUGCGGCUUUAUGUGCAAGAUAACCUGACUUUAUAAGAUGCUCACACUGUGUGAGUCUUCUCUGUGUCUGUCUGACAGGAAACAGUGUGCAUGAGAGUUGCACAAGUGUAACAGGAUGGUAAUUAUUAACAGACGUAAGCUAUUUGAAUGCUGCACUUUUUGCCUCCCACAGAGAGGCAUUUCUUUGUCCCUCUGCUUUCGAGUCAUUCAGGUGCAAAGACUUUUCCAAAACGUACGAGCUUUCUUUAGACUUCCUAGACUUCAGAACUUCAGUGCAGAGAUUUUAACAUUUCGACUGAUGGAGGAUGAGUAAAAUGCAAGAUUAGAGCUCAUUGAACAUGUCUGCUGUGGAGAGAAGAAGAGCUCCCGAGCCUCACUUGGAAAGCAAACUCUCCAGAAAUCAGGAUUUCAAGCCUCAUCGGAGUUCUCUCCUCCGUCCCAGGCCUUCCCUCAGCAGGAGCACCUGGCUGCCUGACGGCCCCCGCUCUGCACAGCACGCGCACAGGGUGAGUCCAUCCAUGCCCACCCAGCUCUUCUUCCUAAAUCCACAGCAGAGCAGCCUGCUGCCGCCACUGCCCACAACUCCAAUAUCCCGAAUGAAAGACACGUCAAACGCUGCUCAAUGUGCCCCAUGUAGAGAACAUGAGAGAGAAGAUCCGUAAAACCCGGAGCAUCUGUCCACCUCUCUGACACUAAUGAAUGUUAAGUAGGUUAGCUGCUGGUGUGCCACUGUCCCAAAGCUCAUUGUGACCGGUGGUGGCAGUGAGGCUGCGCUUUUGUCAGGGUGCGCCAACCCCCUGUGAGACAUCUAAAAUGGCUGGACCACUUACUCCUGCUCACAAUCGCAGCACCAAUAGUUACCAUAUUGAUCCCCUGUGCCUGCAGAUUAAAGCAUAAAGGGAGCUCUGUCCUGCCAGCGGGGGUCUCCACUGACUCCCAGAGCUCAUUUCAGGGUCACAGAGUCCUUGCAACCCCCUGACCCGAACCCCAAUGUGAACACACACAAACACCGGUGCGAGGCCGGACAGGAGCCUUUCUAGGGAUGAACCCCAUUAAACAGGAUUGGACGGAUGCUCACAUUCACGGCUCAUUAUAGCUGACCCCGGCCUUUCUCUCUCGCAAUCUGCAUGUGCUCUUCUUCUGUCUCGGACUCUAACCUGGCCAAAGACAUGCUGAGGUGGUCACCCUCGCUCUUUGUUGGCCAUUGAUAGCUCAGCCGUUUGUUUGAUUGUUUCUGAACUGGAUCUGCUCAUCGCUUGUGUUGUGCUGCAUUGUUGAGUUCCUGUGGCGUGUGUCUAAAAGACUUCUCCGAGCUUUAGAGACUGUGUAGGUCUGUUGUCUUGAGGUUCGUUGUCUCGUGGAAGAAUCCGGGGGCUAAUUUCUAUGGUGCGAUUUUGAAAGCGCUGACAUGACAGGUGCAGGAAAGGGGCAAAAAUAAAUCAACAUAUUCCUUUAGGGUCUUCAAAAACAACCUGAAUAAUGGAGUUUGAGGAGUGAUACAUCAAAUUUGGCUUUUCUCAGUCUACGAAGGCUGCAUUAAGUGCAUCCCUUGCUUGCUAGUACAAAUAAACAUGCAGGAAGAGGCUACAUUUCUAUUUGUGUGCCACUCAUGUUUUGUUUUCGUCCUUGCUGCUGACCUCUGAGGACGCAGCUUUGAUCUGACAGCGACUCUGUCUCUCUGUUCAGUGCCGGCUCCCAGAAUCAAACGUUGAUUAAAUGCCUAUUAAUGCAGCCUGACUCACAGACAGGGUGUAAUCAGGUGAAACAGAAUUAAUAAAACAUCCCGUUCGGUGCUCAGGAGAGAAAGGAAGAGCCCCCCUGAGGAGGACAGACAGAUGGCGUCAGGAAUCACCACAGAGACCAGAAAGCAGAGUGGGAGAGGGGAUAAAGCAAAGAGCAGCCACCACUUUGGUGAUUAGCUCUAAAUUGGUAAUUUGAUCUAGCCUGUCCCACCUACUCAUUAUUGAUAAGACUGACCAUAUUUGACCUUAUUUAGCCUUGCCGGCUCAGCCCUACACCACAGCGCUUCCUGUCUUUGUGAGUCCUGCCAGCCCACGCCACUCUGCGCUCAAAGGGUCUGACAGGAAGUACCUGGAGGUGGAGCUGAUGAAGAAUUGGGAGAUCCACAGCGUGGAUUCAUGUACUGCAGAAAUCCCAGCUGUUUGUGAUCUCCCUAAUCGUAUCAUCUGAAUCGAGGAAGGAAAAGAGGAGCAGCAAUCACUUUAGACAAACCCUCUGUGGGAUUAUGGGCUGUUCUUCUGAUGGGGGGUCAAAUGAUGACAUCAAAGUCAGAAAAUGACCUCCAUUAAUAAUGAUGUUUGUGAUGUUGCUGCAUUCACCAUAUGAUAAGAUGUUAUAUGAUAACGAAAAACUAUGCAGUUUAGUACAAAACAGUAAACUGAUGUUCUUCCAGUGUCCAGUUGAGACAGUUUCCGAAAGCUGAGCAGUCUCUACCUAGUCCCACAUUAAUAUACCAUUUUUACAGUCAACAUAGAGGAAAAGCUUUAUUCUUUUUAAGGUGUACAAGGUACUUGUCAACAGAAAGUGUAUCACCCACAGAAGAUUCGGGUCAGAUCCAUUCAUUGAGACACCGGCCUGAGAACUUUUACAGACCGUGAAACAGGGGCUUAUGCUGCGUUCCAGUUACCUUAGAAGUCGGAUGUCGGAGCUGAGAAUGACACUACGCCUGAGUUGACGGCAUUUCGGUAAACAAGUCGGAAAAACAAGAUGUAUGCCUACCUUUAAAGUUUUUUGUUUUUUUUUUGACAAUUGUCAGCUGUCAUUAGCUGUUGUUAGCAGUUGUCAGCAGUUGUUGGUUGUUGUUAGCUAUACCAGCUAAACAACGCAUAACGCAGUGUUUAGCUAUAGCACCAUGUUCACAGAUUGAGGAUCUUCUGACUUUACAAGUCGGAAAUCCGAUUUCAGGGGGGUGUUCUAGAUGAAUUUCCAAAUCGGAGCUUGGAAAUUCCAACUACUGAGUACAACUGGAAUGCAGCAAUAGGUCUCAGUGACAUCACUUGCUAUCUAUGCUGACUUACGUAAAUUUAUUAAACUGGAAAAAGUCAUGGGAGUCAUGCUGAGGUAGACUCUAGGCAAGAUUGUGCCCCUCUGUCAGUCAUAUCAGCCAUACCCUUCAUUACCUAGAUCUAUGCAUAGAUCUUGUAUCUUUAUGUUGAUGAGUUAAAAAUAGAUUUUGAAAAAAGUGAACAAAAGAGGAAAUGAGCAAUCUGGCUGAAACAGUUUGGAACCAGUCUGCAAAAACAGGCAUUUGAAUAUGACUAAAAAAGGGCUGUCCCAUGGCUUUUUUAGCCAGUCUCUGCAGAAAAAUCAAACUUUCUUUGGUAUCGGGCGCUGGUCUGAAUAAUUCUCAAGCUGUUGUCCCACAGUGGUUCUCUGUUCUCGUGACUUUUGAAGGUACUUCUUGCAUAAUGUUUCUGUGCUAUUUCCAGAUUCUUGAGAUUGUCUGAGUGAAGCCCACAGACAAAGAUGAUGAUGAUGUGUCAUUCAAAUUUAGUCUGCCUUUCAGCCACCUGUAGCUGCACGAGUUGAUUUGAGAGUCGAGUCUACACUGGCAGAGCUCCACACCACUGCACACUUAAGGGACAGGAAAAACACACAAAUGUAUACACACAUCGAGCUCCCAUUGUCUGAGCCCCUCUUGCCCCCUGUCACCCGCUCUGGUCUGGGGUUACAGCCCAUGAAUGAGGGGUGAGUCCUGGGAGGAUCUGCUCUCUUGCUCCCUGGAGUGGACGGACUCCUGAGCCGACUCGGUGCUUCUGGGAGCUGCCAGGAGCUGCAAAGAGAGAUGGAUGAGCCGCUCCGCUGACCGCUGGACACCAACCAGCGAGGUGUCUGCAGUGAUUGAUGAGUAAACACAGCGCCCCCUGCUCCACAGGUCAAACUGAUGCACCCUCACUGAAAAAAAGCCACCAUACUGUCCUGAUGAAGCUACAUGCUGAAGAGAAAAGAAGAGGCGAUAAGAAGCAGAGGGUUUGUUAACUGAGCAGAUGUUUGAAGGUGGCUGUGUGGGACUCCAUCAUUGAGUGGAGGAGCUGCAGCCACUGGAGGUGUUUCACAGCAGCUCAAUAAUAAAGACAGAGAGGUUAUUAAUGUGCUGGUGGGGGUUUAAAUGUCUCACUGUGUGGCUUUGUGUUGGUUUGCAGAGCGUCAGUCAUUGAGAUUGAUUCACUGAAAGUACUUCAUCCCUGAGCUUUAUGACUGAUCCGUUUCAAUCCAGCUUUGAUUUAUCUGUUUUUAACUGUGUAACUGUACAAAACAAAUGGGUUUUAGAGCACUUGUUUAACUGAUUCUCUGUCCUUUUCUUGUUUUGCAGGGACCUGUCUACAUGUCUUUUGUCAGCAAGGCCAUCUUGUGGGAUAGAGGACUCUGCAACUACACUGUAAGGGAAAUUGAUUCGAUAAAGAGAAGGAAAACUGGGAUUUAUGUAAGAGAAUGUACCUUUUUUAUGUGCCUCUUUCUAUUUUGAGAGUUUGACUAACUAAUGUGACAUUGAUUCAAAAACCCUCGUAACCUGUCAAAAAUAGGCCAUUUUUCCCCCAAAUCUCACAUUUCCCUGAACCCAACUCCCGUGUUAGGGCCUAAAAAAAAUGAGUUGACCAAAUUAGAAAAUGCUCUCAUUAAAAUUAUGGCACUUGUCAUGUUAGGGUCGCUUUUGAGCCACUUAUAUUAAUAUCUAAUAAUUGGAGCAAAAACUGAAAUCAUAAGUGCACUGUAAGGCACCACACUGACAGUCAGAUCCUCUUCCAGUCAUAUGAGAUUUAGGAAAUUCUUAUUUUGCUAUUCUUUUCCCUGCACCAAAAAACAACAUUGGGCAUGUCCAGACAUGUGAGAUCAAUUUAUUAUAGAUGUCUGUAUGAGCAGUAUACUGAAGAAAAAAGGCCCAGAGACCCAAAACAAAAAAUAUUAUAAUCAAUAUUUUCAUGGAUAAUGAAGCCUAACAAGAUAACCAAGAGAUGAGAACUAAAUUGGAUGAUAGAGAAUUGUUUUCAGUGUAAUUUACAGCUGAUUUAAGGCACGGGUUGAAACCGAUCCUUAACAUUGUGUGUGCGUAGUAAAAGCUGACACAGGAGGAAGGUUAAAGCUGCGCAUUGUCAAAGGCAGCACAGGUGGAUAGUAAGGGGAACUCUUGCCAUUCUGUUCUUGGGACUUUUAAUAACAAUCUGAGCCUAACAGUGGUGAAAUGAUAAAAUAGUUUUAGUAGGCACACUUCGACAAUGUGCAACUGCUGGUUUUGUGGCUGGACCAGUUUCAGGAACUGUUCCCCCAUCAGUCAAGCACACACAAACACAUGGGAAAAUAGGACCCAGGUCGAAAAUACUGAAUACUGUUGAAAAUGUGCGCCACAUUCUGCAGUAAUUUUGAACUUUUAUUCACCAAUGGAAAACAGAAAUGAAGUUUAACUCCACAGAAGCUUUUCAUAAAUUGAGAAAAAUCUCUAUUCUUGCCUUUUCUUUGGGCAGAGAAAUACACACAAACACACACACACACACACACACACUUAUCUCUUCUACUCGAACACUCACUAGUCUCCACCUCUCCCCUCUGCUGAAAAGACUCUGGGAGUGGAUGUGCCACAAUUAACAGUGGAGUUGCCAUGGGGACAGCAGAGUUGUGUGGGCCGGCUUCCUGUCUUGGCCUCUGCUUAAACAAACAAGUAAAGUCGACAGACAAAGACGCCCGCUGGUCCUUACAGCCUCAUUUACAUCCUCAACUGCCUUCAGCAAGUUCAUCAGAGCUGGCAUCACCUCUCUGCCAGCCUCCAUCUUUGCUGCUCUAUCUAAUAAAUCAGGAAGGCAUUGUGAUGGGAAAACAGCAACAACACAACCUUUAAAACAAGCGUGUCCCUGUCGAAAGAGACACACGGCCCACAAGAGGCUGUUGACCCAGCAGUCGGCUUUAUACAGCUGCCGCAGCUCCUGUAGAGUCACCAGGGACACGAGCUGCAAUGUGGCGGUGCAGGUCAGGACGCACAGGUGCCCAAACAAGCCAAAACUUCAUAUACGGGUCGUUUUUUUACACGGAGUUCAUGUGAAGUUUUAUUGGAGGACUGAACUUUUCUUACAUCCAGACCAAAAGUUUUCUUAUUUUUGCAGCUGUAGUUGUGCAAAGUUUGACUGUGGGGGGUGUUUUGUGGAUUUAAAUUAAAUGGAGAUACAGCACCACUGUGACAGAAAAUUUUGAGUUUCCUAGUAAGAGAAUAUCACUUUUGUCAUAGUAAUCUAUUUUGCUUGUAGUGUUGAGUUCAUCAGCACAGUCUUCAGUAGGGUUAGGACGACAUGCUUUUCUCCUGAUUCAAUUCUUCUACGUUUUUUGGAUGGCGAUUCGACUUAAAUUGCGAUUCUACGAUAUUGCCGAUUUUCUUGAUUUUUAGGCUACAUUUUUAACACCAGUGAAACCGUAACCAUAUUUUCCCAAAAAUACACAUCACAUGUAACCCCCAAUUUCCACUGCUUUCGGAACGGCUACGAAAAGACCGUAUCCACCGAUCAUAGCUAAUCGUAACCAUUCAAGUUAAUGUGUCAAUUUCCACCACCUUCUGUCCGUUCCGCUGCGGAUCGCCGGACUCUGCAGCUGAUCGCAAGAGUUCUAUCUUUUCCGUGAGUCAGUUUUUAAGAUUUAUUCUUAAAUUUGAAAAAAAAAGAUUUUUGAACAAAAAAAUCAUGAUUUAAAAUAGUCAAACAAAAAAUCACGAUACUUAUGUGAAUCGAUUUUUCUCUCCCACCCGUAGUCUUCAGUGUGAGGAUGGUUUUGGUGUAGACACUGGUCUUGAGUCUGUUGGCUUGUUCUUUGACAGAUCUGUAAGGCUUUCCUGAGGGCAGUGGGUUAAACAAACUAUGAGCGAGGUGAAAGAGGUUGUCAAGGGUGUGGGAUGUCCUUCACAGACAGCAGGAGUUGUCGAUAUCAUCCAGGAGAGCCAUCAUAAUGCAUAAUAACAGUAUCUUACUACUUUAUUUUUCUUUAUUUUCGUCCUUUGAGGCAGCUGAUGUUGACUCAUGUGACAUCACCCCAACACCUAUAGAGAGAUAAUCUCUGUGUUUCCUUAUUAAAUCAAUCAUCUGAAUACUUCCUUCACCGCUGAAUCAUGCUGUAUUUGUCACCUUUGGCUUCCUUUAAUUGUGUUGCGUUGUUUCAGGAUGUCGGGGCUUCAGGGGAACAGUUGCAGGGCCUUGUGGGUCUGCGUGGGCCCGUAAAGGAGGGGUCAUUGUCUCAGCAUUGAAAGUAGAAAGUUGCUCUGAAUGCUAAGCUGUAUCAGAGCCUGGCUUCUGACACGAGCUGAUAAUCAGAUUUACUCCCCAGAAUCCGCCGGACUCCACAAAGCGCCCCACUGUCGUCGUCCCCCGCUUCGCCAUGCAGCAUCCCGACCCUUCAUCUCUCCCCCUCCUCCCCCCAGUAAAGCUAAUUACACCCCGCAGAAACACAAAUCUCCAUGAUUUAAAAAGUCACUCUUUUUCAGGGGUUUAACCUUGUUAGGGCGUAAGCCUGGCUUUCUUGUGCAUCAGCUCUGUGAAGAAUUCUCUGUUCCUGCAGACCCUCGGACAUAGACACACUUCUGUCUUUGCUCGCAGUUGUCUGCCUGUCAGAGGGUUCACUGGGAGGCAGUGUAAUUAAGUGUGUGUGUGUGUUUGAAGGAGCACACGCAAGUCUGUCCUCUGCAGGCCAUCUGGGACUCUGACUAACUAAUAGACUUCCUACAUUCAUGGAGCAGCACUUCUUGUACAUCUCAAUCAGAGAGCUGUUGACCACAAACAGGCCCGUAAUGACAUUAGGCAGCUCUGGCUGUGUGAGGACAGCGUGUGGGCUGCCUGACGCCAGGAGGUCAGCCUGUUUCCUGGGGGCCUGCAGGGGCCUGAGGGAGCCCACAUGACUGUGAUGGGUGUCCACCAAAAGUCCAGUAUAACCAACUGUCUAAGAUGUCUCUGACAUGUUCAAGUAGACUCAAGUGUAGACAAAUACUCAAGUCUUAAAGUUUUCAAAACUUAGGGCCUGUGUCCACUGACUGCGUUUUUUUUUUCUUUUUGCACUGGCGGUGUCCACAGCCUACAUUUCAGAGCAGUUCUCACAGACUUGUGUUGUUACGAAGAUACAAAAGUUCUCCCACAGACUUUCACUUUCUUGGUCAGUGCCCUCACAUGCACAGUUAAAAAUCCUAUAAGGAACUUUUUAUUCAUGUCAAUUUUAGCACUCCCUCGUGGACAAAACUGCCUUCGCUUUUUGAUCCUAAACAUGGUUGAGUACUGGCAUUUCGUCAGCACAUACACAAUGUGAGCUCUGGGCGUAAAUUGACAACUGCAAUACGUGAAAAAUAAAAAUGACACUUGUGCUGCAGGCCAAAACACGAUGUGGCAGGUGUACAGUUGGAAUGUCAAUGUUUUGGUUGCGACGUUGCCGAUCUUUUGGCACAAUGAAAUGUCUAACCCCCAAUUUCCACCGCAUCCGGAAUGGCUGCGAUCACAGCUGAUCGUUUCCAUUCAAGUUAACGUGUCAGUUUCCACCGGCUUCUUUCCGUUUCGCUGUGGAUCGGCGGACUACUUGCCGCAUAAAUUCAGUACAGAUCAGUUCGUGCUUGAAAGGAAGUCGGGCACAGACACAAAAUAAAACAUCCGGCUUCUUUUCAAGUUCAAGUGUUUGAGGCGGAUCAUAUUUCACAUCAUGCAAACAGGCGGUGACGAACAAGUGAAAGGUUUUUAGACAGCAUUUUACCCCGAUGACACCAUGGAUGAGGAGAUGCUGAUUCUAGAAGUCGAGAAGUGGAUUUCCUCCACACAUUCUACUGCUUCUCAUGUAUAUAUGCAAUUGCACGUGAAUCUGCGGGUUCUUGUGAGUUCUCUCGAUUCCUGCUGACCAUGAUCCGCCACCAAAUUCGCCUCACAAACGGAUCCGGUACGAACUGGCAGACAGCAAAAAUCGCCGCCGUUCCAUAUUCCAUAUGCAGUGGAAAUUCAAGGAAAUACAAGAACUGCUGUUGUCUCUUAAACAUGAUGUUUCAACUCAAAACAAGUCUCAGGACAAAGCCAGUUUCCGGUACACCUCAUUCGGCAAAAGAAAAUUGAGAUAACAGGAGAAAGGGGAAUUAAAACAGGGAGACUUCAAAAAAGAAGUCUCCCUGACAGGAAAAAUAAGGACUAUGACCUGUUUAGCUAUUUCAAGUGUGAAACUGUCAGCAGAUGGUUGAAGUUUUCAGCAGCUGCAGGUGUAAACUGCUCUUUAUCUCUUGAUUUCUGACAGUAAACCCAUCAGUGUAACCGUGCGUGAUAGAGAUCUCCUUUGUCCUGAGCUGUAUAUAUGAUUGUGAUUGCGUGUGUGGAUGCAUUAAAAGAGCCUUUGCGUGGGUUGUAGUGACGCAGACUUGGUUACAAACUCGUGCCCGGACCUGCUCUGCAGAAAGGUCGCAGGUUUGAUGACACCAGCCCUCGUCUGAAUCCUCACAAAGCCUUCUUCAGCUCCUUUGACGGGCCUGAGUGACAGGUAAUGAGGAGGGAGGCCGUAGGGGAGGAAGAAGAGCGAGGAGGAGGAGAAAGGGGAGAAAGGCCUCACUUCUCUGGCUCUUGUUCUGCUUUUUCUACCUCACUUCUCCUCUCUUUACAUCACAAGAAUGCAAAUCUUUAAAGCCUCCAGAUCUGAGGAGAGGGAAUCAGUGGAGAUGGUGCAGGGAUUUAAAAAGCUGAUCCUCCCUGUGUGAGUUGCAGACAGUGACCCCACCUUCCUCCCCCGUUUUCUCCCCCUUUUCUCUGCUUGUCUGAAGGUCCCCUGGUUCAUCACUGUACUCAAACAGUGUGUGCAUUUUGUGUUUGUUUUUAUUGUGUAGUAAAAGGGUGAGGAGCUGAACUACAGGUCAAAUAAAGCUCUGCGUCUGUGUGCCGUCUAUUAUAAUUGUUUGCUUUGUAAAGGCCACAGAAUGAGUCACCGGCUCUGAAGCUGCACGCUGGGCUGGUUUUCACUGCUCUGUCCCUCCGCAUUUUCAAUAUUGACCCUCCUGCCUCCUUUUAUGUCCUCUGUCACUACCCGUGUACACUACAGACGUUUAUCACCCUCCAGAUAGAUCUCUGUCUUUCAUUAUUUAAGAGGGAAAAGGGUGCACAGACAAAAAAAAAAGAAAGCCUCAAUUCAUGUUGUGCUAAGGUUGAUGUAAUCUGCUUAGUGAACACAGGGGGGCAGUAGAGGCAGCCUGCAUCAUUUGAAUUCUCCUCCACAGCACAGACGGUGCAGCAGGGUUUCUCCUCUCAGCAGUACAGGACAGAUGUUUCUCCCAGUGAGUUUUACUUUGGAUAUUGAGAAGCAGGCUGGUUUUCUCAGAGUCAGCAAGUAGAAAGAAAGGAAAGGAGCAGAUUCAGAUAUGGUGUCUUUACCUUAGUGCUAUGAAUGCAGUAGCCUAUUCUUAAUUUUAAAAGUUGUUUUAAGUGUAAAGCAAUUCUUUACAGGAUCUUGAUUUGAGAGUCAAAUGAUUGCAUAAAAUGUGCUGUAUGACCCCCAACUUUGAGACGAGGAGUUUCUGUGCGAAUACUUCCUCUGUUUAGUACAGGUGCAGAUAUUUUUCACUGCGACCGAAAGCACGUGACUUCUCUCAGUGUGCUAACCAUAGACUGUAUAUAGAAUGGACAGCGUCUGCCUCCUCGCUGGGUAAAGCCACUCCGAGAACAGCACCCUCUGGUGACGGGCUGCAGAACAGGUCAUUAAUCCCACCUCUGCCAUCAAAGCUUAUGGAGCUGUGGACAAACUUCAGAAAUUUAUUACACAGAAUAUAAAGUUUUCUCCCCCCUGCUUGCGAUGUUGACAUGAAGUCACAGACUGGUUUGUGCUCAAGUCCUCUUUUUUCUGUAAAGCUCCAUUUAUUAGGGGGUUCAUGUUUUCUAUGAUUGACACCUGGUACAGCUGAGUGUCAUCACAAUGACUCUUGGCGUCUCUCCUGUUGAAUGCGCACAAGGCUACUGCGCACCAAGUUGUCCAUAUUAUAUACAGUCUAUGGUUCUAACCUGAGGAUGUCCCUUCAUGAUGAUUCACACGUUCCUAAUAUUUUGCUCUGCCAGCUCCAGCUGCACCUAUCUGCUUAGCCCAGGAGGUAGCUCAGACACAAAGUACUUAAAUGAUAUUUUGAUUUCAUCAAACUCAAAGUUUACAUUACAUUUGAUUUGUCCUAUAAGUUGUCUGGGAGUUUUAUGUGAAAUGUGCUGAUUAAAAGUCAGUUUAAUAUCGAUUAUUUAUUCAAUUAUAACAUUAUUAAAAGUAAAUUUUAGGGGAGCUUUUGCCACCAUUUUUGUGUGUUAUUUAUCAACUGUCUUUUUCAAUAUUUAAAUUUUUUUUUAAAAUCUUGCAGCUACAUUUCCUUUCAAUUUAAUGACUUGUGUUCUUGCUGCUGAUCAGUUUGACCACAGACUGUAUGAAACAAUCAACACAACAGCAGUUUUUCCUAUAGAACCAAAACUGUGAGAGCUCCCCCUGGUGACCGGCUGUAGUAUUGGUCAUAAACCCUGCCUCCUCCUGAUUCAUGCAUGUGAAUGUUGUAACUAAUUGUAUGUUGUGAAUUGAUUGAUUGACAGCUGUGAUGAUGAAUAAGACUCCUGAGGCAUUUUGUGUUGGAUUAUCAGAGUCGUGGAGAAUCAGAGAGAGAACACACUUGUUUAAUUCAUGUGAAAGUAUCAAAAACAGUUUUCUGUAGAAGAUGAUGAAAGUUAAAUUUGAGUUUUUUUCCCUCCUUUUCUUGUCUUGCAGGCUCACGAUCAUCAGCACCAUAGUCCCUUGUUUUGCCCUCGCUUCUUGUCUCACAUGAAGUCUCGUCCCGAGGACCUCAACCCUCCUCGUUUCCUGAGCUCCAGGACCAGACCGCAGCCUCCGUCUCAGGGGAGGAUGCAGUUUACACACAGUCUCCCUGCUCUGAAGACACUAACACUGGAGGGUGAGGCUUAUCAACAAAACACCUGUCUGCUUUCACACCGUCACAGCCCUGUCAGGAGGAGGGCAGCGCCGGCUCCUUUUGACUCCUCCGCUCUCCUCAUUAACACUCUUUCUCGCCUUUUCUUCCUCUGCUGGAGCUGAGUGGAGGUUGAGGCCACCGGGCUCGUCCUUAGCUCUUAAUCUCUCUCUGCAGUCGUGUUUAGUUAAGUGCAAAUUUUCUCUCUGGCGAGGAAGUGCCCACAGCGCCGCCCUCCUGGUGGUCCUGAUGGAGGGGAGUGAAAGAGCCCCGAGGCCAGGGAGACCUGCCGCUCCUUUCAGAGUCCAGCCUCUGAUGUGAAGGCAUUUUUUUUCCCAGCAUACACCUCAGACCACAGCAGGGCACUGCUUUCACCAUGCCCCUGUGUGAGUGUGUGUGUGUGUGUAUGUGUGUGAGUGUGUGUGUGUGUGUAUGUGUGUGAGUGUGUGUGUGUGUGGAGAAGAGGAGGGGGGCAUUUCUAAUACUAAUUAUUCUACCAUAUGGUGGUCGCUCCCUCACAAUCGCCCUUAACCCCGAGUCUGAAGAAACGUGCUGCGCCCGACGCCGUGGCUUUGCGCUCUGACACAUGUCAUUCAUAUGCACACAUGCACAUCCACACACACAUACACACAGUUCAUGUGUGCGUGUGUGUGUGUAACAGAUGGGAAUGGCAGGGCAUUGUAAGAGGAGGCUGUGCAGAAAUGUGCUCUCCAAUGCUUUCUCUUUAUCCCCCUGUGCUGACUCCUCUCAGCAGCAGACCCCCAGGAAACAAGAGCAGAUUGUCUGACACCCUCAACCCCCCCCACCCAGUCACACACACACACACACACACACACACACACACACACACACACACACACACACACACCCUCUCAGUGGUCAACAAAAAGUAGGAGGAAAGAGAAAGGAAAGGGUGUGCAAAGACAGAGGGAGAAGAAAGGAGAGGGCGAAAGGGAAAUGGGCGGCGCUGGAUGGAGUUGUUGUUUGUGGAGGAGAAUCUUGCAGGGAUCAGAGGAGAUGUUCAGAGGAAGAAAGAGUUGAGUUAAUGAGAGUGGUAGGGACAGAGAAGGAUGGAUAUAAAACAGCUUUUUGACUGGGUUACCUCCUCUGCAGUGCUAGAUUGAUUAAUUGAGGCAUUGUGGAGUCAAUUAUCAAAGAAAGAGCCUGAAAUUAGUUUCUCCAGCCUCUCCAGUGUGUCAUUUGGCUUGUUUAUGUCUUCAUUGCUGGAAUGGCUUUGGGGUUGGAUGGCUUUUUUGACCAGAGAGCCAAAUGAAAGUGUCUCCUUGAGGCUCUUUUUGCCAAGAGUUUCUCUAGAAGUUAAAACAAUCUCUCCCUAAAGCUUCAAAUUUUUACAAUUCGACUUCACACUCACAGUCUGUGCAACAUCAGAUGCAGCAUGAGGAAUAAGUGCCAUCACAAUGAUUAUUUCAGUAAUGAGUUUUUAGUCAGAAAACCAGGAUCUCCUGUGGCUGUUUAAUACAAGUAAAUAAAAUAAGAAGCUUAGCUUUAAUGAUUAAAAAAAAAACACUUUCACACCAAUGAUGAGAAUAAAUGAUAAUUACCCAUGAAAGACCAAACUAUGAGAAAGUAAGUCAAAAUGAAGCGAUAGUGGGUCAAAUUUUUUGAGAUUACAAGCUGAGAGUCAUCAGAGAAAAAGUCAAUAAAAUGAGACAAAACGUAUGACACAAUAAGUCAAAUAUAAGUCAAGUCCAAAUAAUUGAGAAAAAAUAAAAUCUGAAAAAAAUCAGAUAAAGGAUCAGAUAAAACUUCAAAAUAAUGAAGUUAACAAUAUGAGAUAGACUGUCAAGAAAGGGACAAAAAAUAUAAGACAAAAGUCGAAAUUGGAGUAAAAAAAUAUGAGAUAGAAAAGAGAGAUGAAUAGACAAAUAAAUUAGCAAAAAAUAUGAGAACAUUAACAAAAAAAGAGAAAAAAAGUCCAAAUAUGAGAAAAAAAAGUCCAAAUAUGAGAAAAAAAGUCCAAAUAUGAGAAAAAAGCCCAAAUAGGAGACAGAAAAUAUGAGAAAAAUUUUCAAAAUAUGAGGCAAAAAUAUGAGAAAAAAGUCAAAAUUAUGAGACAAAAGUUAUGAUAGUCAUAACCAUUAUACAGAAUUAUUUAUAUGAGAUAAUUCAGUCAAAGUUGUGAGAAAAUGAAUCAGAAUCAAAGGAUAAAAUUUGAAAUUAGACUCAGAAAAGAGACAUUCAGCCAUGUUAGAAUGAACCUUAUUGUCAUUUGCUUAUAUUUGAGCUACUGUGUAUUGAGCCGAUUGAACACAGGUGUUUGGCAGCUUUUGUGACAGUGAAGAAGGAGGAGGACAGAAAAACAUGAGAGUCAAACUAAAUGUUUAAAAUGACCAUUUGAAACUUUUUAGGUGUCCUACGUUUUGAGGACACCUGUAACUGACCUCAUACUCCUCUGAUAUUAAAGGAUGUCAGUUUACUUGCUCCUCUGGCCUCAGGUCUGAUUACCACGGUGAAUAUUGAGUUUGGAAACAGGCAGCUGCUCCAGCGGGGCCAUUUCUUGCUGCCUUUGUUAGCGGGUCGACCCUCCCAGCAGGGGAACGAGUGUUUGGAUGGAGCAGAGUGGGAACGAGAAUGUCACAAACAGACUCUGGCAGUUUUAAAAAUGACCCACGCCAUGUUGACCAAUGAAAAGCAGCCUUUGUGGCAGCUUUUGAGAAGUGAGAAGCGGCUUUUUUACCGCCAAUGUUUAAAGAAAGUUUGAGUGAAUUAUGAUGUGUUUUUUUAGUAAGGGUUUUCUUUUCUUUUUCUCUUUCUUAAAGGUGACUUCACACUCAGUAUGGACAGAAGAAGCAACUCCACGCAGAACCGUGUCUCAGGACGGCGCUCUACUGUUGUCGUCCCCUGUCCUCCACUUCCUGCUCUUCCACCAUCAUCAACUAAUUACCCAACAUAUUUACCCCACCCAAACACCCCUCGCCAUGAUACAAGCAGUCCAGGCAUAGUGCCAUCAUCUCCUGCCUCUUCUAAUCCGUCUCCACCAGGAGAGGAAAAAGAUGAACCCAAAGAGAGGGAGAAACCACCACAGCCCGCCCUGGCCUCCAUCACUGAGCUAGACUUGACGUUGGAGUUUGAAGCUGCUGGGUCAGUUCGAUCAUCACCUCCAGCCUCUUUGGCGUCACACGGGUCCCUCUCAGACUUUAGUCGUCCUUCGUCCAGCCUGUUCAGCCGCAGCACCAACCUCGCCAGCGGCAGGAGCAGCGUCUUGUCUGGUAAAACCUCUACUGUGGAUCCCUACGUAAUAUCAUAAGAUAACAGGACAGAAAACUGAAUUAUGAAAAACAACGUCAAAGGACACUCCUGGUUUUAACUUUGAUAUUUCAUUCUUUAUUUCUUCAGUUGGAUAAUGUGAUAAAUAAAGCUGCCAUCUUGUUUUCCUCUUUUGUUUCUUUGCUGCAGACGUCAUAGACUCAGAACCAGGAGGCAGCGUUGGUUUAUCCCCACUCCAUCCACAUUCAGCUUCUUCCCUUCCUGUAAGAUCCAACCCUCACCAAUCAGCCAUGAGUACUACAGCUACCCCUCCACUCUGUGAACCUCUACCUGGGCUUCAGAGAUCUCCCUCACCUCCUUCAACAUUUCUAGUCGACCCUGAAACUUUCAGCAGGUGUGAAAGCGCAAAAACGACAGAGAAUCAACACCAAGCUGCUUCAACAGACCCUGCUUUCGACUCUGAUCUUGGCCCUGUUACCUUGGCUUUCCCCUCUGCGACCUGGUCCUCCUGCCCGAGUCCACCCAAGACAACUCCCCUAAGAUCAGACUCAGGACCAAAGCUUGCCCCUUCUGCAUCCCUGACUCAACUAGAGUCUCAUCGCUGGCCCGUCCUGCCUCCAAUCUCUCCUGUCAGAGGUAAGAAAUUAGCUUCACAGGCCUCAUAUGGACCGCUCUUAGCCUCCCCCUCAGUCCCCCUCAUGUUUCAGAGGCCGGAUUGUCCCGAACAUGGCUGGACAUCUUGUUGACAAAGAGACAACGCCAGACAACUUCAGGGAACUAAAGCCUGACUCCACAGUGAGGCGAUCUGAUGCUCCUUCCCCCCAUCGAGAAAAUACGAUCACGUCUCUGUCAGCCUGUUUUUCACCUCCUCCCAGCUCUUAAUAAAUAUCGCAGAAAGCUUUCCUUUCUCCUCUAAAUCAGCGAUAGAAAGGAGGCCUUUUGAUGAAAAGCUGGUACUGUUUGAUUCCCCGCUCAAAAGGCAUGAGGCCCCAACAAUAGGAGCCGGGGUGCCUACCUCGUGUGCCGUGCCUCACAGCCCCAGCUCCCCCGUGCCUCGGCUAUUCUCCCAGCUCUGAGAGGGAGACGUGUAGCCGAUGGUCAUAAAUCCACACUGACCGCCGCUCACUGACGGCAGAACACUGAGCCGGGCCGCCACAAUAGAAUACCUCCACGGCUUUCCUGCGGCCGCUAAUUUACCAUUCCCAGUGGGGAUAAAGAAGGAGGCCACUGACAUCUGACUCCUCCGGGAACUUUAUGAAAGAAAGCAAACAAUGUGGAAAUUGUGUAGGGAUUUUCUCUUUUCUAUCAGAGACAUCUACUGUUCUCUGCGUGGUGCUGUACCGCAGGGAGGGAGGGGGGUUCAGGCUGUAUUGGAGCACGCUGUUCACUUCAUGGCAGACACAGAGCGGUGUCACUGGUUCAUUUAUUUCUCUGCAGAUGGAGGCGACUGAAGUGGAGGCGACUCAAUGUGGCAGCAUGUAAAGCUUAAAGGAUAAGUCUGGGUUAAGUCUGGCAACUUGGGUUUAUUCUCAGAGUUUGGGCCGCCAUUUCUUAUUGUUAUGAUAACACUUCUGAUGAGGUGAAGAAGCACAAAACACCCAGACAAUCAAACCAGAUCAGCUGAAAUACUUUAUUUGAGGUAAAAAAGACCCAAUAUGUUAAAAAGAAACCUGCACUGUGAAGGAAUUUGUGCACUAUGACAACAUCUGAGAUAUUAAACCUGAAAAACCAGAUUUGAAACUGUGGAGGAAAGCUUAAUCAGACAGUUUUAUGGUCGGACAUGUUGCUCCAAAACCUGUUUUUGUUGUUCAGCAUUGAUGGUACACUCCCAGAUGUGUCAAACAUCUCCACACCAUCACUUAUGCUGGCUUUUAAAGUCUUUUUCUGUUGCCUAAGGGCCUUAAGAUAACAGUCAUUCAGGGUUUCAUCCUUAUGCAUAAAUUUCUUUGGAAUCUCUUCACAGUAUUUCAUGUUGCAGAUGAUAAAAAUCUUCAAAUUAAUUACAGUUUUUACCUUAAAGGAAUAUUCCGGCGUAAAAUUAAUUUAGGGUCAAACACCAUAACACCGAGUUAGACACCCCCUCAAGAGAUGAAUGUUGCCAACUGCUUGCUUCUCUAGUUAUACCAACUUCAAUAACGACCGCAUGAUAGCAAUACGGUCUACGUCUCCAUGCGCAAACGUAAACCAAAAACCCACUCUAUAGCCACAAAUAAUGCUCAGAACAGCACCUAACUUCAUCAACAGUACAUAUAGGGUCCUAGCCAUAGCACAAGCCAGCAAACAUCUUUUUAACUUUGCCUGAUUUCUUUAGCAAAGAGACUAAACACAACUCACCUACUCUCUUCCAGAGGCCGCUUGUUUGUGGGGAAGUCGAUUGAGUCGAUCACUGAGUGCAGUGGAGUUUCACAGCUCAAGAAAGAACAUUUAUGAUUAUUAAUUCAUGCAAAUGCAAUCAGACCGAGACACUAAGGCAGAAGAACUACCGCGUCUGCAGUGCAAAAUGAUUAUUAUGAUGAUUAUUACUUCAUGGAAAUGAUCCGCUGUACUUGGUGAUCGACUAGUCAGGGCUGAUGCUUUUGCGUUACACAGCUUUUUCAGUGUGUUUCUGUCCCCGUCUCAACUUUUUUGAAAACUGUUGCUGGCGUCGAAUGUAAUACAUCUUAUAUUUUUCAUUAAACAAAAGACGUUUUUAGAGUCUCAACAUUUUCAACAUUUGAUCUGUUGUUUUUGUUCUGUUUCCAGUCUAUUGUUGGGACAAAAGGAUUUGCAAACCACAGUGUCCCGACUUUUUGGAAUCGGGGUGUAAUGUGUAUACUGUAUGUUGUUGCCAGGGCUGAUGGGAGUCUCUCCAUCCCUCUCUGCCUUUUUUGACCCUCAUCAGAAUUUUUUCAGCCCUCUACAAUCCACAGAGCGACCCCGAGCUGACCCGUUUCGAGCAACAUCUCCAGAGUGUAACUGUCCUGCAGGCACCAGCCUGGCCUGGCCUGGCCUCUCCACUUAAGGUCUUUUUAGCCCGGCUCUGUGACCGGGAAGAGGAGACCACAUUGCGCACAGAGACGGCCUUGUGUGCCUCUAACGCUGUCAUAUCAAACUCUCUGACCCCUCACAUCCACCCUUAACCUCCCCGAAAAACUCAGCUCGGCCCUCCUCUGCUGGGAGUGACAGCUGAGUUGACAGCAGCAGUAUGCUUUGAAGUGUCAAGUCAAGUCCCUCCUUUGUCUCUGUGAGUAGAGCGCCGAGCUGCUCAAGUGCACAAUGGUGCGGCGCGGUGUGCGUGCCGUUGUUCUCAUACUUGGCUGUGUGAGUGUGGCUUCAUGUGUACGUUUGUACUUGUCCAUGUGGGCAGCCGCGGAGGAGCUGAGUUUGCCUUUUCCUUUUAGAGCCUCUGUAUAUAUUAUCCUUUUGUCCGGGUCAAGCUGUUCUGCAUUUCUAAUGUGAGAAAAGCCUCCACAAGCCUCUUUCACCACCACCACCAUGACAAAAAAACACGCCACCCAGAGAAACAGUUUCUCUCACUAAUCCUCUGAUUUCUAACCCAGGCAGAGGGAAACAGUUUUGUUUUGACGCUGUGAGAGGAGAUAAGUAAUUAGUGAUUAUCUUGACAGUUUUUACCUUUCCUUUGAGUGAGUUUCUGGUAAUUAGAGCUCAAGGGGAGAUUAUCUCACCCCGUGUUUAUUGAAGGUGAGAUGGGUCGUCUUUCCCCCUGAGGUGCGACUGUAGUGCGCUUCUGCAGUCCUUCAUAACUCGCCUCAGGGGCUUCAGUCAUGGAGGUCCUGAGUUUUGACUCGUCAGAGUGUCAGACCUGGGAGGAAAAAGCUUUAACCAACUCAACAACAACAACCAGAGGAGAUUUAUCCUCUGAUAGCUGAGUCAGGAACUCAUCCUCAGGGAGGUUUCCUGUAGCCGGCAGCUACGAUGUUAAUCUUUGUUUUUCACCUCUUAUCAAAUCAGCCGAUAAUCUAAUCUACAUCCAUCACAAUAAGAGGAAAACUCGGGAUGUGGUGCUUUGUUUUUAAAUCAUAUAUUAGUGUAGGGCUGGGCGAUAAAACGAUAAUGAUAUAUUUCAAAAAUUAAUUUCCCUCGAUAUCAAUAUGAAACAUGGUCAAUUUGCUUUUCUGCCAUGUUUUGGUAGACUAUAUGAAUAGCCAAUGAAAAGGGGACUUGUUCCAGGUCCACGCCACACUGAACGAAUCCUGUGCUGAAUUAGAACAAAAUAGCAAAAAACUGCGUAGUAGCAGGCUGCAGCUACAGGCAACCAUAGAACUUUAACAGGUGAAGUUGACAGCACUGUCGGUGAGAAAAAAAGAAAAUGAGUGCUACCCCCAGCAGAAAUGCAGAUGAAGGUUCAAUGAAUCGUCGUCAACACUGGCACAAAAACACUGGUGGUGUGGAGGUAUUUUCGUUUUUUGAAGUUGGACAUGAAGCAGAGUAAUGUGCACCGCAAAUUAUGUCCAGUACAUAUUAAAUUUAAUUCAAGAAUAACAGGGAGCAUUAAAGAUGAACAAGUAAUUUUUUUUAAUAUAUAUAUUUUUAUUAUGAUAUAUAUCGAUAUCGACUGAUAUGAAAAAACUAUAUUGUGGUAAAACUUUUUCCCAUAUCGCUCAGCCAUAUAUUAGUGGAAUAUCUGCUACUUACAUUACUUUUAUGUUUGUUCUUGUUGUUACACUGACAUUCAACACACAUUCUCCACAAAGCCAUCUAACUUUCUCCAAUGAUAAGACACUUUGGGGAGAAAUAAUUUUGUUUUCUUGCCUCUAAAUAAAAACAGAGUUAGAAAGUAUAAAUGAUUAGUUGGUGAUCUGAAGAGACAGAAUCGCUAAUGUUGUUUUACUCUGUGCUGUUGCAGGACGCUGUGGCACGGCAGCAUCCAGAUAUUCAGAGCUCAGCUGCAGUCAGUCUCGUGUCUUUGAUGAACUUGAGGCCAUCGCACCUCGAUCUACGUCUUGUCUCUCUCUGGACCAGCCGGAUGACUCAUCCUGCUGCCCUUCACCUGAUACAGGUACACAAAAACACAUGUGCCCAACAAACCAAGAGGAAUAUCUGAACAGUUAUUGGAUAAAAACAUAAGAAUUGGUUCAGAUGUUUUUGGUUCCCAAAAUAUAAACUUCCUUAUUCGUGGCGCAAAAAUUCAUAAUCCACUCAGGCUCAACUUUAGCCAUCAGCUGACUUUUAUGAACGUCUCAAUCAGACACUCUUUCCUCCCUCUGUUACAGACAGGGAUGGGCUUAUCUGAGAGCUCACUGUGUCAGGUCUUUGUAUCAGCCCAUGUUGGCCAACAAAAGCAGAGUAAAUGCAGUGUGUGUGUGUGUGUGUGUGUGUGUGUGUGUGUGUGUGUGUGUUCAGUGAGCCUCUAAGAGAGACAUUAGCCAAUAGAGACUUCCUCCACCUCCCUCAUAGUCUGCUAAUCCCUGACAAGGUGUUUAACCUGCUUGCUUGACCCGGACCUCUAUGUGGCCCCUUCGACCUUUGCCCCGAGGAUAUGGAAGGACCGGAGCACUCGCUGCUGUGACAACCACAGGGUGAUAAAAAUCAAACCCAGAGUUCAAAACAAACGCUCAAACAUUUGUGAGCUAAUGUUUCAGACUGAUGAUUAUCAGAAACGGACAUAAAGCACAUUUUAGAGAAUUUAGACACCUUUUUUUCAUCAUAGAGCAGAUUUGUGGAGUUGCUGAGCUAAACCAAAGAAAUAUUAGAUCCAAGGAUAACUACAUAUGAUGCUCUUCUCUUAAUUACCAACAACUAAUUACAUACAAUUUCACUUGGUUCUGGACCAGUUUCAAAAAAUGCUCUCUGGAGAUGCUGCGUCUCUCAGAAGUGAAGAGUAAGAGAAGUUCAUCACUCUGUGAGAGACUGCGUGAGCGAAUAGUUCAACAGUUUCAGAAUACUGUUCUUCACUGUGAGACUCCAAAGAACUUUUGCUAAAUCUUUCUGGCCCCCUGAUCCUGAUCCUGAUCCCAUUUCUUGAAUUUUGAGUAUCCGCCAAUAAAGACUCCUGUUCUGGUACUUGCUUUUGCCUAGGUAGUAAAACUGCACACAUUGUUUUUGUUUCUCUCUCCCUUGAGGAUAUUUAUCUUUCCUGAUCAAGUCCAGAGUUAUUGCUCGGAUACAGCAGCCUCGUCCUGUGUUGCUUGAGUAAACACGCUAUAUUCUGUAGUUUUUUGAUGCCGUAAUAUAUUGGUAGUAUUCAGUGCAGCUCUACUGCUUCCUCCUUGCAGUAGAAAUUGUAAAAUUUCUUGCAAAAUGAUAAUAUGACAUGUAUGGUGAGCGGCUUCACUUGCUAUUUUAAAGUCCCUCCUCGAUGUUGAAGUUUUAGUGACAGAGCUACUCAUGCUAGGACUUUGUUUUUGCCUUCUGUUUCAAAUUGAGCUCAGUUUACAUCAUCUGUUUUAAAAGAUCAGACUAAGAUAAUCAGAUCAAAUUGUGGAUCCCAAAUCAGUCAACACAUGAUGCCCAUAUCCCCUCAAAUCUGAGAGCUGAGAUUCAUAGUGGAAGUCAUUUGCUUAAAAUCACAUCCAUAAACCAUGACUAUGAACAGAGUGAGUCACUACACCCACAAAUGCAGGUUAAAACUACAGCAUACACUGAAGAACUGAACUGAAACUGAAGCAUCUUUAAGUUGCAGAUCAAUGUAAAGGUGAUAAAAAGCAGCAACGAGAAAAGUCAACUCUUGCAUCAUUUAUGUUUAGAGGUUAAAAGAAGAGCAGAUAGGAGAUAGAAAUGUCAACAUGAAAACUCCCGUUCACCUCGUCUAAUGUCACUUUCUGUGGAAACGCUCAGUUUACUGUAACUCGGAGUGAGUCUGAGCUCGUCUUUGUUUCUGACUCUGUGUGGGUGGUAACAAAAGUGUGUCCGCCGCCUUAAUCGCGAGCUUAGUCAUUCGUUAUCUGCCACUUUGUUUACUGAGUGUCUUUUGAUCUUGUGGCUACUUUUGGCUAAUUGUUGGCUAAUACCGGCCUAACUGAAAGUGUGUCCUGUCACAUUAUGUUACAGCCACAGUUAACCCUGGGAUUUCCUCUCAACGACUCCUUCAUUUAUCAGCCCAGACAACAGUUCCUUUUUUCUCACCUGAGGGAUUACCUUACCGAGCGUCAGCACUCCUUCAGACACACACACACAUGUGUCACAUCCCAACUGAACACACUUGGAAAGAGUGUGUUUGUGUGUUUCUUUGUAUGUGAAAGCAGACUCGACUUGUUGCAUCAUAAAAUUCAAUUUAAAUGAAACUUUCUGUCUGUGAAAAUUAUUCCAAUUUUGAGGGGAUGUGUGAGGAUUUUCUGCAGCUUUUAAGAUGUUGCAGAGAAAGUGUGUGUCUGUGAGGCAUGUGUGUGUCAGGGUACCUGCAGCAGAGCGUGUUGUGUGAAAUCCCCUCUGAGAGGAAUGGGAGCUCCACACCCAGCCAGCGUGGGUCGGGGAUUUGCAUGGGCACCGAGCCACACUGUCACUGAUCCGCUUUUAAUUGGGUGUGACGAUGAGAACUUUGGAGCCUGGGGGGAGUCGGAGUCGGGGUGCGGGGGGGAGUUGUUAGUGGUGGGGGUAUUUGAGGUUGUGUGGAGAGAAAGGAUUGUAAUUUGCUGUAAUUUCCUAAUCCAGUUCAACAAGUCAUUCAAGUCCAUUUGGUGCCAUUAUUUUUGAAGGUCAACAGCUGUAAUUUAAUCCCACGACACAUGGAAAUUAAGGGUUUAUUGACGUUCAUGAGCUUUAAAUCUGAUACAGAGAUUCAAUUUAAAAAGUCAGUUUUAGAAAGUUGUGGCUCAGUUUAGUCACAUUUUAGUCUUCAUGUCAUUUGUCGUACUAGUCAAGAUUUUUUAGUCUCAUUUUUGUCGACUUUCUCAGACAGUUUUAUAACUUUUUUCACGAGUUGUGAAAGAUCAAACAUUAUGUGCUCUCUGACCUCCACUCAACUCACGAGUACCUCAAUUCCUGAGGCAGAAACUUUAUUUUCUAUGUCUUUCUCUCGGUUUUAUAAAUCUAAAUGUUUUUUGUUUUUUUUAAAUGAGACCCUCGGUUAAAAGCAUGCACACCAUGGUACUUAACCACACUGAAUCCCCUAGGGAGGAAUCCCCUCACUGUGACGGCCCCAUCAAAAACCAUUUAAUUGCCUCACAUCAGCUUGGGGUGAUUCUAAAUUAAAAAAAUUCAAUAGCUUUGCAGUUUAAAGAAAGAGAUGUGACAACCUUCAUGGAUAAGUAUCCGAAAACUGCAGAGAAAUCUGAGCCAGUGGGCAAAGCUUCUCAUUUCAUUCAUGAUCUCAGAAAUUCUCUCACUUGUGGUCAUGACUCAGAGUGAAAAUCACAGAUUUAAAGGAUGACAGGACUAAUGCUUGAAAUUUAGGGAGCAGUUCUUAGAAUCAGAGCGAGUCCCAAUGCUUCUCUGUUUCUGAAUAUCCUUAGAUGAAUUAUUUUGUCCUCUUAUUAUUGUUAUGUUUAAAGCAAGCCUGUUUUAUCCCAAUUACACCUGUAUGUUCCUCCUGCAGAGCUGUCUCCCGGCCUGGCUGCGCUGACGGUGGGCUGCGACUCCGGGAAUCUUGGCUCCAUUUCCCGUGUCCAGCUGCUCCUCCUCAACAGACCAGAACCUGAGACAGCGCCGAGUCCUUUCAGUCCUGAAGAUGAAGACCUCUUAGCUGAGGAGGACUGGUCUGAUCUGAGGAUGCUCGAUGAUCCAGAACUGACUUCAGCAGGUACAGGAACAAAUAAGUUUUUGAAGCAUUAAAGCACCAGGAACACUGUGAUAUAAACACUUUAAAAAUGAACUAUCUGUCCAUCUACAUCUGAAAAAAUUCAGAUAAUAGAGGUAAAAACUCUUCAUUCUGAAUCUAUAUUGAUAUCUUGAUGAGACAAGCUAAAAUAAAGCAAAGUUUACAGGAAUUUCAGGAAAGUAACAGAGUCUAAUACCAGGAUUAUAAAUAAUCCUGCAAAAAUAACCAGAUGAAGUUGACACAAGCUGCGUGUUGAUGCCAGGUGGAAACUGAGCCAAAUGAGGAAGUUCCUAAACAGAAGACAAACUUUGAUUCAGCCACAACUUUCCUCACCUUUCAAACUUUUUCAUUUAAUAAGAAGCCAAAAACGUCUGUGAUUUGUGAUCCCUUAAAUCUUUUGUUGAUUGAGUAUUUAUUUAUAACAUCAAUUUUGCCUGACUAACAAUCUCAGUUGGCGGAGUGUAAACCUGCUGUGACAAAUCUUUCUGACAGUUUGAAGCAGAUCGUUUGAUAAGCAGAAACCGUCACUUUAAUAACAGGGAGCAGUCAGACAGGUGUGUCCCAGUGUUUGAGGAGAAAACACACACACACACAUACAUACACACACACUCACUCACACACAAACACAUGACCAGACGGGGAAAAACACGACGCUGUAGGUGUGUUGUCUCGGGCCGCGGCCGGCCUUGAGAGCGAGCGAUGCCUUUAUGGCUGCGAGCGGCCUUUUCUUUUAACGAGCCGUGAUACCGCCUCUCAUCUGCUCCCAGGCAUGCCGCUGCGAGCUUUAACUGCUCUCUCUUUAACUGAAGGUGUGGCCGCGCAAGAAAAAGGUUUACAGGGAUAUCAGGAUGUGCCAUAUUAAUAAAGAUCAAACCGCUUAAGUGGAUCAUUAACCGGGAAAGUCCGACUAAGAUAGUGGGGAGAUACCAAGAACCAAACACUGAAUACAUAACAGUGGAUAAGAAACGUGUGCAAGAAAGUCAGUCAGCCCAGAACCUGCUCUUUAUUGGCUGAUAACACGACACAGACAGAGAUAAACUCUGAAGAUGUUAAAAGUUUAGUCCAGCUGCAUAAAAAGAAAGACCUCUGAACUUGACUCUACGGGCAUGUGUUAAAUUUUAGGUUUGUUUAUCCAGGUUUUAGGAUUCUGGUCCACAAAGAGCUCCAAAUGUUUUUAUUUGAAACAAGUCAGUCCAGCGGGCAGGCCAGUGGAGCACCCGGACUCUUCUACUACUGAGCCAUGCUGUUAUAAUACAUCGGGAAGAUGGAUCAACACUGUCCUGCUAAAAUAUCUAAAUUCUUUCCUUCUUCUCUUUAUAACUUUGUCCAUGAUUUCCUGAAAGAAGGUCAAAUUUUAUUGUCAAAAUUAUUUCUGACAUGAUUUAUAGAAUAAUACAGCUUGGUGUUGCCGCUGACAGAAAUUAUGACCAUGUUCUAAAAUCCUUAGCCUAACCCAAUGUAUUGAUCUUUUUUACCUUCCACCUUUAUCUUUCAUUCCUCCCAAAAAGAUAAUCGACAAAAAUCUAUCAGGACAAGCAGUUAUUUGAAGCUACUCCUCUUAUAAGACUUUUAGGGAGUGAUUUUGAACCCAUGAAGUCCACUUACAUUCACAAUUAAGUUAAGCUAUGGCAAUUAGGUGUUUUAUCUGGACUAGUGUUCUUGUCUCAGUUUACAAACACCGGGCAAGAAUCAUAUUAUUAACAGAUGCAUGUGGACCUCCGCUACAGUAGGUGGCAGUACACUCCCUUUUUGCGCACCAAAACAGUCGGCAAAACACAUUAUCAAGCUGCUUAUUGGAGAUACAUCCAAUGAAACACUGUUUGUUUGUACGAUAUGAGAGUUUUGUCUUUUUUACGUCUUUUCUUCGCCUGUUGAGGUUUUGUUUACUACCUAGCCUUCUAGCAACGCAUUCAUGCUAAUCAACUUCAGAACAAUGUAGCGUGCACAGAACGCUAAGGCAAGUCCUAUUAAUACUAUUUCAGUCAGACUAACAUCUUUACAUUAGGGUGACCAUAUGUCCUCUUGGAUAUGUCCUCUUUUACCCAGACAUGUCCUCUUUUUGGGGGGCUGUCCGGGCUUGUCCGGCUUUGUCCGGGGAAGUUUAAAAAAUCCUUCAAAUAUCUGCAGUUUUGUACAUAAGUUUCAAGUUUGUGUCAUGUGGACUUACUGAGUUAGCAGUGCGUAUAAGACACUCAAUCUGACCCAAAAAACUCUUAAAAUUAACUUUGUGCGACUCUGUGACUCCACCCCUGCGUAGUCAUGUCCUCUUUUUGGGAAGUCAGAAUAUGUCCACCCUAUUCACAUGAUGUUUUUAAAGCCCAGUUUCAGCAGUACCGAUGCAAUAGAUCAACUUUUUUGAACACUUAACUAUACUGAGUGAUGCUAACAGGUCAAAGAUCUUUGCAGUAUGAGAAACACAAUUGAAAAUUCCUAAAACAUUUUUGCAUGGACAUGGCUGCAGAACUUACAAAACAAUGGGACAAAUAUAACAAAAUCAAUCUACAAGGCCACCUAUCACUCGAAGCAUGAGGUAAAACAGGCACUUUUUUCCGAACUUGGCUCCUAACCAGGUAGAGGGAAACCACAGUAGUUUGUUUUUUUAAUUCAUGCACCCAUGUCACUGAUGUUUACAACAAGAGUAAAUCUCUCCGAGUCUUCAGAACAAUGUUAGCACCUGGCACGCUUCUGCAGACAGGUGCUUGUCUGGGGUUUUGUUGCUCCAUUUUCUGCCAUUAUUUGCUCAGAGAUUAAGAGCCAUAAUUGGAACUAAUACUCAACAUUACUCAUAUCUGUGGACACACACUCCAGCACAAAGGACGAGCGCAUGUAAGCGUGCGCCCGGAGGCUAACACUUACGUACACACAUGCUCUGACUGCCGCACACGCCUGCCUGCCUGCCUGCAGCACAACUCCAAACACACAAUUGCUUCCUCUUCUUUGGCUUGACUCCGUGCCCUGUGGGUUUUUUUUUUUUUUUUUUUUUUUCAGGAGUCUCAAGGCCCCUCACAGCUGGCAGCGUCUCUGAAAGGUGUGACUCCGCAGGGGAAGUCCAGGAAAACAAGUCGGUGAGUGUCACUGCCUCUUCUGUAACUGCACUCCACUCUCUCUUUCCCCCCUCCUCCUUUGUUCAUCUAUCAGAUUUCCUCCAAAGGCAGAACUGUGAGCAAACACUAGACCUCUAAAAAAUCAACUUCAAUCUGACAAUAACUCUGAACCUGGCACACACAGAGCCCCUCCUACACAAAGACCCCCUUUUGCAAACUUGAACUGGCAUGCAUUUAUAACUGUCAUUCCAGUAAAACGAGCCAAAUUGUUGUUGAUAAUUGAGACACAAUAUAACAGAGGGCACGCGGCGUGCAGCAGGUGUGUGGUUAAUCAGUCACGGCUGCAGAAGGGGGCGUGAGUGGGGGGCCUGACUGUACGGGAGUGGGCAGGCUUUUACACCAGCUCAUUGCUCUGCUGCAGGAGGGGGGUACGCUCGGCUAAACCCCCAACACGCUGAGACUCUUUUAGAGGAUGCACCAGCUCCUCUAUCAGACAGGGGGUUUGGGGGCGAGGGGUCAGGGGGGUAAACAAGGCCUAGGCAUGCUGGGCUGCAGUGGAAUGGACGCAGGUGCUCCACGUGAUCUACGAUUAAUCUCCCCUUUAUGACGGAUGAGAGAGAGCCCCUGAAAAGCAUGAAUGAGACUCAUAAGCCCCCUGCAAUUAUGCCAAACCACAAUGAAGAGCUGGAGUGCCCAGGGCAGGAUUCAUGCGACUAUUUGCAUAAUGCACCUCACAGAAGCAAGAAUACACACAGAGGAUUAUUUAUAAAGAGAAGAAAAUAUUUAACCUUUGGUUAAUUUGAGCGAGAAAGGAGGAGGAGCCAUGGUUUUAAGUUGAGAAUAUUAAAAUUGCUUGAAAUGACCAUUUAAAAGGUCUAGGCUAUGUUGUGCAAGUGGAAUAUAUAACAUUGAAAGCUGUACUUUCACUAAAUUUUCUCUUCCAACACUCCCAAAAUGGACAAACAUAGGUCUUUGUCCUGGUUUUCUCCACUGCCCCCCAAGAAUUUGUCCCACAGGUCCUCAUUAGAUGUUUUAUAACAAAACAAUCAGAGCUUGUGAUGUCUCUGUAACAUAUCAGUGAAAUAGUAUUCAACAGUCAGGGCUCCACUGAAACUCUGUAGAGCUCCUGGAAACCUCAGCCUUCACUUUUGAAUCUUUAUGGAAGAAGUUUAAUCGUCUAAAUUUCUAGAGUUGUGUUGUUUACAGUGCCAUCGCCAAGCAACCUGCAAAGAUUUGAAAAGGUAGUGUGAUUUUGUUUUCAUAUUUCACAAACAAAUGAAAACAGUGAAAAUGUCAGAUUUAAUUGCUAGGAGCAGGUCAAUUUUCAAAUUCCUUUAACCCCAGAAUCAGGGGCAGAGACAAGGGGUGGCCACAGGUGGCCAUGGUCCCCCUAAAUCUGUUGGGUCACCCCAAAAUCCCAAAAAAAAUGAUUGUCUAUUUGGCUAGUUAGAGGUGGUACUACAGUAAUAUGCCUGGCAGCUUUCUUUGCAUCUAAAUGGAAAAUAAUUUACUUUUGUUUGUACCUUUAAUAGCGACUUUGACCGAGCAUAUUCUUUUGGACCCCAAAGAUUUAAACUAAGAAGAUUCGGAUGUUGCCCACAUUGUUCCAAAAUCCAAAAAAGAAACAGGAAUACGACACCUUUUCAAUACUUUAAUAGUCAUAUUUAUAGAGUGAUUAGCAGCGAUAGAGAGGAUAAAUAAGUGUUUUUUGUUUUGUGCGUUCUCAUUUUUAAUGCCACCCUUGUAUCAGUGUACCAAUUUGGUUUCCCAAGAUGAAACAGUCUGACGUCCAUCAGCCCUUGUCAAGGACAAAACUUCCAACUGUUAUGUGAUAAUCAUACGAGAGGGAGAUGAGAUUUGCUCAAUUUGUGAUGUCACCAAGUGGUGAACCUCCUUAAAAGAGCAUAUCGAAUAAAAAAGCUCAUCAAACAGAAACACUCUGCUCUAAACUUUGUCACUUUUUAUUUUUAUGUUCUACCUUUCCUCAACUUACCAGGUCACAUGUAGGGUCCAAAAGACAUGGCUAUCAUUCAUACAUAGUCAUUACGCCACUUGUUUCAAUGACGGUGACUUUGUAACAUGGCAGCAGUGGAGGAGGUUUCUUGAGAGCAGUUGAAUCUGAAGGGAAAAAAACCCUUGCUACUACAUAAAAAAGAUAAACUUGUUGACUUGUUAGCUUUGAGGGUUGUAGGUAGUGUUUUUUUUAAAUCACUUUUUAAAAAGGCUAAUCUUACUGAAGCUAAGGAGCUGCUGCUAGAAUCCAUGAAAAAUGAUGAUCCAACUUUGCCAAACUCUGGUUGAAUUUUCCUUCUCACUUAGGAUCUCUCUGAAGGAGGUUCUGGCUCUCCGUCUUCUUGGAUCAUCGACCCAAGUCCAACAUACGACGUGUUCAGAACUGCCGAUUCUCCCUGUAAGUCCACUCACGGCGCUGUAUCCCUUGAAUCUUGAUAUGAAAUGAUGAUUUUUCUUGAUCUGUGUUUUCUUUUAUGACAUAACACUGUCAUGUUAAACCUGUCUCCCUCAUAAGAGCCUAUAACAACAAUACUUAAUCAAUACAAGAGCCUGUCUUCACCAUUAGCGUCUGAUCCGGUAAAAGCCCACUCAGUCCCCAUCAGCUCUGCUUUAUUAGCAGCCAUUGUCUCCUCACUGUCAGCGCUGUGUUUAGAGUUCCCUCGUCUCCGGUACACUUAAGCCCGAUAAUCCUUGCAAGGGCCAGCUGCCUCAGAGUAUCACCUUCACCUGUGUGGCCGGCUUGUGUACCUACGUGAGUGAUGGUGCAAAGGCAGCGCUCACUGUAAGGACCGCAAACACUGGAAAACUGGCACCAAGAGGCAGGAAAAAGACCAGGAGAGCUGUCAACACAUGGAGGAGGAGAGCAGCCGUUGAGCUUUUUUACCUUGACGUCUUUAUCAUGCUCUGAUUCUUCUCUCGCUUGUGUCUUACUCUUUCACUACCUGUUAUUGUUUUUUCAAUUCUACUGGUCCAUGGGAUGCUGAAUUCAAAACGGGUGUCUUACACGCAUCCGUCAUGACGGAGAGUGAUUUGUCUGUCUCGGGGCCAAGCUGCAGCGAACCGUCCAGACCAAAGACAGGAUAAUAAGUCUUUGUGAUCCAGCACGGCCAAAUUCAUAUGCCAAAAACUGCCAAGCUUUAUAGCACUCAAUGCUUUUAGAGUUACUGAUUGAUAAAACCAGGAGUGAAUGGCUGAAGGAGAGCUCAGGCUGCGCUGUGAUGAUCUGUCUUUUAAACAUUUUGAUGUAUGUUUUUACAAAACCAAAAAAGAGGUAAAAGUUUAACUUUGUCCCAUUCUUGUCUGAUAGAAGAUUUGGUCUGCUCAGUAAUCAAGAGUCUCCUUUUUGUAUUUUUUUGUUUCAUGAAGCACUGAAUGGUUCAAAUGGGUGGCAAGCUGGGACUUCAAGUAGACCACUUUAGCAUCUGGGCUCUUCUACUACUGAGCCAUGCUGUUGUUGUACAUGCAUGACAUACAUGGAUUCAUAUUGUCCUUCAAGGUCUUCCCUGAGACAUUGUUCAGUUGGAAGUAUUUUUGCACUGAAACCUGUAUAUAUAAGAAUUACAAUUAACAGAGCUUUCCCAGAUGUGUGAGCUACCAAUUCCAUAACACUUAUGUAUCCACAUAACAUCACAGUCAUAUCUGUUUUUUCUUUUUUUUUUUGGUUGGUUGGUUUGCUUUUGAAGCAGAGUCACCCUGAAUCUCAUUGUGGCACACCUUUUUUUCAAUUAGCAUUUUAAAUCAACAAGCUAAUCAGCAUGGGUGACAUUUUUAAUAAAACUGUUGAUAAAGGGAAGUGGUGGGACUGAAUGUGAUGUUUUUCAUUGGGCCCAAAAAACCCUCAAAAUGCCCCCUUUAAAAACUAUUUUGUCAGGGAUCCCCUGAAAUAUUUACGAAGACACAUAAGCAGGCGGUUUAUUUUAUUUAGAAUUAAAAAGACACUCAGAUAUCUGAAGUUACGCCUCUUUAACUUCAACUUGACUCUUCCCAGAAUAACGUCAAAUAUGUGUUUCAAUUACCAGAAUGUUUCUGACAACAAGAAAAGACAACAAGUGAUUUCACUCCGCUGAAAGAGCAUGAUGGAUUUAUUAACCUGUUAAAUGUAUACCAUCUCUAUUCAGUGUCAUAGUUUACAAUAACUCAAUUCCCUUCAGCUUUAAACUACUUUUAUUUAGGGGUUUUUUGUUGCUACUUUUACAAGUCCGUCCCUGUUUAACUGCCCUAUUGGAGCGAAACAACUAAUGAAAAAAGAUGUCAGUCAGAGGAUCAGGGUGAUGGCUGGUGUGUUUUGACCUUUUAAAGGCCAAAGGCAUGGUCACUCUCCCGGGGAGGGAGAGGGGGGGCAGGGGGUCAUCAGUAGGGCGUGGAGGGGUCACGCCUGAGGUCGAACAGUCUCUGAAAGAUGCCCAGUGUGUGGCAGGUCUUUGUGGGGAUAGGUGAGAUUUGGUUUCCCUGGAAGUGCAAGAAGUUCAACCUUUGAACAAAAGUCCCGAGUAAUGGAGGGAAUGACCCCAUUACGACUCGGUUUAUAUGAGAGUGUAAAGCAAUCGGCUCAGGGCUCUAUUUGAAUCUGCAUUUGUGGAUCAUUUUUGCUGAUUUACAUUUAGAUUUAGGAGAGAUUCUUUAGAUUUGAGUGAAAAUAGCGUGUGAGAACUUCUAUUAUCACACAAGAACAAGAACUUUGUUUGUUGUGUUUAAAUCUAAAAAUCAAUCUUAAGCUUUUGAAAGGUUUUCUUAUAUUAACCAACCAGUUUUGUUUAUUGAUGAGAUGGAUGGAAGCAACUUCGACUGAAUGCUGACUUUGAUAUGUGCUUUAUUUUAUAACAUCUGGCUCAUCUUAGAAUUGAUCAGUUUAGGAUCUCAGCAUAAUGGUUUGCAGAGCAGCUGACUGCAUUUCUGUGUCAUUUCUUUUGAGGUUUAGUUUUCCUCUUUAAUCGGUGCAGCCUCAACCUGCAUUUCUGGAUGCAGUGAUUUAAUUCUAUUCAGUUUACUUCAAACAUUUGUAUAACCCUUGACGGGCAAUUCAGUUUUGCAGCCUUCCCAUUAAGAUUCAACAAGAUUCUACAGGCAACACAGUCAACAGCAACAUUCAGACAUGUAUGAGACUUUAAAUGUGUAAAAAAACAAGCCUAUAAGCCAAUGACUGCUAUCAGAGUUCAGCAGCGUGAUAACAGAAAGAACAAUACAACUUGCACAUAUGUUUAUUUGUCUCUGGGGUCUUCUUCCUGAAUUAUUUAUGUCAUCUUUGGCCUUCUGGACCACCUGUUAUUUCCACAGGGAUAGACUGUAUUCACUAACUACGGUUUGUGGAAGUGAUUCUCAGUCCAUGCAGUCUUGUCUGUUUUCUUUACCACCUGAGGAUCUGAAUCUCAUGGCCAUCCACUUUUGGUUUUUGGCUUUACCUUUUUAGAGAUUUCCCAAGAUUCUCAAAGAAUAGUUUAAACAUUUGAUGUGUAAAUUUUAGACUACAUACUAGGGGCGGGAGAAAAAAUCGAAACAGCCUAGUAUCGGGAUAUUUUGUCUAGUGAUAUAUCGUAUCGUCUCAUUUACCAAGUAUCGAUUUUUCAGAUUAAUUGUUGAUAUAAUGUCAAAUCUAUGAUAAUGGAAAAAUAGAAUUAACUGUUUGUCCAGUGAGGUUGGCAGAGGUGACAUCAUAGAGUAGGAGAAAGUAGCCAUAACAAAUAUAUAUCUACAUGAAAAUAAAAUACAGCAUAAAUAAGACAAACAUAGAGGAAAGACAAAUGCUAAAUUAGCUAAACAGUUGAAAAAAAUGUAUAAAUUGCAAUAUAUUGCAUCGCAAUACUCACUGUAUUAUAAUACUGCAAUAAUAUCAUAUCAUGGCCCAAGUAUUGUGAUAAUAUCGUAUCGUGGGGCCACAAGUGAUUCCCACCCCAACGACAUAGUAAGUUGUUAUUUUUUUUAACUGAAGUUGUUAAACUUGAGAACUUAUCCAAAAUUAUGCAAAUUAAGUGAUUAGAAGAUAGUCCUGCACUAAUUUAUAACUGUCAUAUACAUAUUUUAUUAAAUUGAAAUAUUUUUGCUUUAAGCAGCUGAUGAAAUCUGAGAUCACACCAAAGCCAGGAAUCAUCAGUGAAAGAUGCUCCUGCUCCCCAGUGAGUCUCAUGAUAAGACCUUUGUCCGUGCUGGCUCAUCAGGGAUUCAUAGGUGGGAUAAUCCCUCCCCUCAUAAUUGUUUCAUGACUGUCUCCUCGCUGCCCCGGUCACUCUCACUCCCUCCAGUCUUUACCAUUCAGCUGCUACUAAAGAUGUUAGCUUCCACAUGAAUGUAGCGAUGUGCCAGGGCCACAAAGAGCACUAAUCUGAACUGACCUUGCUGAAUUGUUCCGGCGAGCUGAGGAAGCUACGGGGACAGAUUAAGACUCCAGAAAGACAGAGAUGGUGCGUGGAGAGAUUAGUCAUGUAGUAAGCGAGGAUCGUUUCCCCCCCAGAGGACCACACACUGACAGUGUAGCCAUGUCACUAUUGUCUCUAAGCCUUCACCGCUGUGGACUCAUUGGCUAUUGUCUCUGAAAUCCUCCAGCUCACCCUAAAAAAAACUGGACUCAAGCCCCUUUGAUUGGCACUUGUCAGGGCUGAUAGAGAGGCUGACGUGUUGGGAAAGGCUUCCAUAAAGGAGGUCUGAAAAGAAAAUCCCCUGCCCAUGAAUAAUAAAUUGUUGAGGAUUUUCCUUUUUACCCCACCCCGCUCCUAUUCGGCCAUUCUUCCAGGAGAUAGAGGAGUGGAGGCUCUGGGUGGCAUCAGUGAAUGGCCUCGGCACGCUGAUUGUCUCGCUGAUGCUCAUCCCUUUCUCAAACACGCAGAGAAAGAGAUACAAGUCCGACCUUCUUGCCUCUGCCUGGUGCGCUGGAUGCUAAAGGGCAGGCGGUGUUUGUUGGAGAGAGUUGGACAGAGGGUGGGCGGUGUGUGUGUGUUUAUUGUCUUGGGCAGCCUUUUCGGAAUCAGCAAGGGGAUUUGACUCGGCCGCUCGUUGCCAAAUCCAGCUAUCUGCAGCGUUCAGAUGCUGCGGUUGGUAUGGUAACCUGCUCUGUGUGUUUUAGAUGGCUCUUGUUUCCAGCUUGAACUGACCAGUAAUCAGUACGCUGCAUUCAUGGAUUAGGCCGUGUUGGAGGUUAGGAUAGGAGGGGUUUAAAAGGAGGAAACCAAAUCCUGAAUAAUUUCAGCUGUGGCUUUACCCUUUUCUGAAGGUUGUACACUACAGGGGGGAGGGUAAAAUCACAAGUCAUACAACCAAUAACUUGAUCACAGAGAGAGAGAAUUUCAUAUUUGACUCCAGUGAUAAAUCAUUCAUGUAAUUUUUUUUCAAUCAAAUUCAACAUUUCUUAUCUCAGUCUUGUCUGAGUUAACCUGAGGUAACAAUGGUUAAGUAAGUUGAUUUAACUCAGGUGUUGUGCCUUUAAAAGGGCGAGUUUUCCCAUUUUUGCAAACUAUAACCUUCAUCAUGAAGUCCUUGUAGAGACCACAGACACUCGGUUUGUAUUGCAAAUGAGAAAGCUGAAGAAAUGAUAAAUUCCUCGCCCUUUCGAUGAAUAAAUUCCUCAUCCCGCCGUCUGUUUCGUUGACAUUGCGGCUGGAGCAGGACACGGAGAGUGUGUGAUUGUGUUCAGUGUGGUGGAAGACGGCCUGCCAAAUGAGACAUGCCUCCAUCAAUCUGAGCUGCUGACCUCUGCACACAUGCACGCUCACUGACGGGACAAAUGAAUCCACAGGACCACGUCUGAUGAAUCUGCCGCCUGUCAGCUUCUCCACUGGUCAAGCUCUCUCCCUCCCCGUCUCCAAAUGUUCCAGAUUUGAAUUAUCGCUCAUGGAAAGUAACACUCAUGUUUCUGAAAGUAGAAUAAAAGCUUCUGAAACUCUGAUUUAAACUUUUAUAAAGACAAUCACGGCCCUCCUUAAGCUCAAGCCUUCACUGAUGGUGAGCUUUGUCUCAGCUCUGGAGUGUAUUCUGUGGACUUUAUAUUCAGAGAUAAUGGGACCCUUAAUUGGCUGGUCAAAGACAAAAUGGACGCCUGUUUAAGGUUCAGGGAGAGCGUGUACUGCCUAGUGGGAGGCUGAAAGGGCUGAAAGGAGAUGUGACUGUGGCAUUUAAGAGAACAAUGUGAUAAGAAUUAGUGUUUCUUAAAGGAGCAGAAAUGGGUUUUAGUGCUUUUUAGUAAGUGGCCUCUUCCACGGAGACGUCCAUGAAUACAGAUGAGCUCUGUCUUGGUUAGGACUGUUUCUGUCUCUAUCGAAGAAAACUGAAACUCUACAUCAACUUCUUUAAAUUUCCUUUUCUCUUCCAGGUUCCAGAGUAGGGGAACAGGGCCCAACUGAGGGGGACUCUGAUCAUCCAGGAUGGAGGAACCAAGUCAAGACCCCUGCAGGAGGAAGCAGGCCGGGUAGUGUUGAGGAGAAGGAGAGAAGGAUGGAGGAGAGGAAAACAAAAGCGCUAAACAUGCUUUCCAAGCUGCAGGAUAAGACUCCACAUCAGGCCAAAAGCAGAGGAGGUCGCUCCAACUUUGAGGACUGUGAGUUGAUAAUCUACUAAAACUAAAUUUCAUUUUAUCUUAAAGCAAAAAAAGCAGCUUUUUUAAGCCCAGAUCCAGAUUUAAGGGCUUGCUAGUGAGGUACAGCUUUCAUUUUUUGAAGCUACACGACAUUGAAAUUGCCAAACAUAUACGCUUAUGACUCAUCCAUUACCUGGUUGCUUAAAUAUUAGAUAUUUGGGUCAUUUUGCUUUCCAAGGCAGGGCACAAAGUGAAGCAUUAAGUUUUGGGGCACAAACUAAAGAGAGCAAAAAUCACCUAAACAGAGCGCUUUGUCAAGACAAAUAAUAGAAGUGUGUCAUAUCAUAUUGUAUUAUGACAUAUCAUGACAUAUCGUUUCGUACCGUAUUGUGACAUAUCAUUUCAUGACAUAUACUCUUGUGACUUAUCGUAUCAUAUCGUAUCUUGACAUACCGUUUCGUACCAUAUUGUGACAUAUCAUUUCAUGACAUAUCGUAUCGUGACUUAUUAUAUCGUAUUGUUUCCAGACAUAUCAUGACAUAUCGUAUCAUGUCAUAUCGUAUCAUUUCCUUUCUUUUCGUGACAUAUUGUACCAUUUCAUAUCGUGUUGUGACAUACGAUAUUGUGACAUAUUGCAUGAUCAUAUUGUAUCAUAUCAUGACAUAUUGUGACAUUGGGUAUUAUAUCACAUCAUGACAUACCGUACCGUAUCGUCCAUCACUGGAUUCCCGCACUAACUGUCAAUAAGCUGAUGAAGAUUUUGUUGAAGCCUGUGUAAGUGCAAGACAAACUGCUGCUUCGUUAAGCAGCAGUGACUGUUUGGUCAGAAUUGAUUGUUAGAAGCUUUAUUCAGCUGUUUAAAAAACACAACUGUUUUCUUACUAAGCAAUGACAACCCCAAAAGCUAACUCUAUCUUUUGUCUGCCAACGCUCUUUUUUGCCUCCUGUUCACACAAAAGACCAUGCAGGGAAAAACAAAACACCUGAAGCUUUUCACCAUCACGCCUCUCGACUCUAAAAAUUCCCCUCAAUUACAGCACUUGAUUUUUUUAGAAUUGCCUUUUUUUACAAACAGGAGUUUAGCCAGGAGUUCUCCAGUUUCCCUCAAGUGCCUAAUUUCUGGCGUCCAAGCCUUUGUGAGAGCACCGAGGCUGGCAGGUCGGACAAUAAGCACCCACACCUCAGGUCAAGGCUGGAGGGUCCGGCCCCCUGCAGAGGUCAGGUGGGUCAGAGUUCUCCUGUGAGUGCUGGCUCACAUGAAUGGGGCUGAUUGGACAGGUUUGUUCAGACCAUAAUCAAGCAGGAUGAAGAACUCUGCAGCUGGUCUCCCUUUGCAGCUCCAAGGUUAUUACUGAUGGAGAGCUAUUGUUCGGUUUGGUUACAGGAGUCUGGACCUGUGGGGGUGAUUAUGCGUAUUUUUCUUUUCUAUAAAGGGUCAAUAUUACUUCAUUUUCAAGCUUGCAUUAAAGCUGCUUGUCUAAGUGGCUGUGUAGAAAGGUUUGUUUGUUACGCUGUUGUGUUGUGUUGAAUUCUUACCUUCUUUCCUGAACACUAAAGUGAGACUGUGCAAAAAAUAGAGAUUUAAUUGUUGUUCAAAUAUGAGUGUUAGUGACAAACACAUCCCAAAUGUCUAAUCUUACAAUAACUAGCUUAGCAAACAUGCACAUGUUGUACCUGUUUGAUGGAGGUUGGAAAAAUGACAAUGCUUUCACGGCAUGUUGAUGAAGAUGUCAGGGUGGGUGGAGUCAUUUUGGUCACAUCCAUUAAGUAGCAGAAGCACAAAGCAGUGAAAGCAUUGAAAGCACUGAGUAGCACCCUUAGUGUUUAACCUGAAUGUGGCUAAAGUGCAAAAGACUUUGGAGUGCAAAAAGGGGGUGUACGACAAAGUGAGCUUAGUUUUGCCAAAACCAUCAACCAGCUCAUAUUUAUAUUCACCGGUCGUUCUGGACCGGACAAAUUACAAUCCUUUGUUUAAGAUGAGGACACAGGAGCAACACUUCAGUGUACAGCCAUAAAAUUCGCUAUGGCGAGCUGGGUAUUAUAUUUUGAAACAAGACCAGAAAACUGCACAUACAGCCUUCAGGCAUGUUUCUUGCCUUUGCACAGUCCUCAGUACUUUUUACAUGGUGUUCAGAAAAUUGAUUUAAUGCCCAGGUCCGACUGAAACUGGACUCUUAAUUCAAACUCCUCAUAGUCGGGAGGGAAUUGGUUUUCUCCUCCAUGUAUUAGGCUCAGUGGGACUGAAUCUGGCCUAACCCAAACCACAGUGAGCUGUGAGCUAACUGUGUUGUAGCAUCUUUAAUGAGUACAACAAUGAUAUGAAGUGUGUUUACACUGUGUCUUCUGUCUGAUGAAACACUCUGUCCUCUCUGCUCAGAUUUGCGGGGCGUGAAAUGUUUGCAAAAUGUGUCCUGGUACAGUCUGUCAUUUUUUCCUCUGGCUCCUUUUGUUUCAUCCUGUGUGUCCUCUUUCAUACACACAUCACCAUUUGUGUGUGUGUGUGUGUGUGUGUGUGUUGUCCUGACACUUGUAACUGCAGCUCCUCAUUAAGCUCUGAAAAGCCCUAACUGGUCAUAAUUGUCUCUUUUCUGUUCGAUGCUGACUCCUUGCCAAAGGAUUCCCAAAAUAGAAAACCCCCAUCCCCACUCUCUCUCACACAGACACACACACACACACACCUACACACACCUUUCCCUUCUUGUUCUCUGCCAUCAUCCAUCCACUCAACUCUCUGACCCUUUGUGUUGCCAUCAGUCAGCGGCUGCUGUCAUGUGUCUUGUGUUAUGAAUUAACAGCCGUGCUGCAGAGAGCAACAAGAGGGACGACAAUAUGUACACAAGCCCAGAGGGCAGAUGUAGUUAUGGUCUCUGUAUGACAUGAAUCAUGUCAUCUUAAAAGGUGUGAAUGCAAAUACAGACAAUCUUGGGAGAAAUCUUCUCUGUCUGUCUCUGCUCAGCAAAUACAAUUGAGACCAAAAACAGUAAAAAAAGCAAAGAGAUAGAGAAACAAAACUACAAUCAGCUAAGGUCAGUCACAACUGACUGUGAAACAAGAUUAAAGUUUACACAGAUACACAGAUGAGAGAUAAUCUUAGUAUAAAAUUGAGACGAACAGCUCAAAUCCUGUGUUUGUCUGUUUUUUUCAUUCCUAAAAGAGUAAUGUUGUAUUUUUAAAGACUAUCUGGAUCCAAUUCCUCCAAACAAAGUCGAUAUGUGAUGAUUUAUGUUUUAACUUUAGCGAAAUAGUGUCAUUUCUGUUGUGAGCUGACUCUGCUAGAUAAAGGCUGCCAAGUUUCUGCCAUAACUUCAGCAAACUGGUGGCCGGCAGCAGCUUACUGUAGGUUGUGCUCAUCUACAGCACAGGUAGGUUGCAGUGGGGCAGUAACGGAAGUGGAAGAGCUGCACAUCUGCAUAAAAAUCUGUACAUUGUUGAAGAGAGACUGAACACUUUACAGACAGAAGUGUUUGCAUAAAUUAGUGAAAUGUAACACAGCAUGUGCACUCUCCAAAGGUCAUUUUCUCAUCCUGACCAUGUUAGAGAGCCCAUACAGGAGAGGGUGACACUGAUGUCAAGUAGUUGUGGUUUCCUUUGUGUCGCCUCAGAGCAGCUAGCGCCUGUUAACCUGUGUAAAGUGCAAGGGACUCUGUGGCUCUCUGAUGAAUGUCUGUGUUGAUGCUGAACACCUGGCAGCCUUGAAGCCAGCUUCACUUUGACCCCACCCACCAACAAAACCACAAUCGGCCACGAGCAGCUUUUACUACCUUCGUCUAUCAGUGGGUGGAGAUCGGAGGCAUAAUUGUUGUUUUCAAACAGGGAAGAAAGCCUUCAAGAAAAAUCCAGCGGACUGAGUAAAGAAGAAGAAAAGACCGUCACUUAAAAGAGAGAUGUGAGGUGUUUAUAAAAGUCUGUGUGUGUGUGUGUGUGUGUGUGUGUGUGUGUGUGUGUGUGUGUGUGUGUGUGUGUGUGUGUGUGUGUGUGUGUGUGUGCAGGAGGAUGUUUCAAGUGUGUGUUCAGGUACAGUGCCUUUAUGUAACCCCCUGUUUGCUCAGCCUUUGGUCUGGAAUACCUGUGUGUAUUUACCAUCAGUCCAGAAUGAGUGCGCAAACAAACAGCCCGCCUAUUGAUGAGCAGCGGCGUGGAAUAUGCCCGCUGUAUUCACGAGAGAGAGAAAAGGAAAGGGUAGAGGGAGAGAGAGCAAAGUCAAUCUGUCAAAGAGUCUAUUAUAUGGUGUCCAAACAGAGAGCGUGCUCCACAAUGGCCUUAUUAAUGGCACAAUGUCAAGGAGCGGCAGGGCAAUAAUAGCCGAUGAUUUUGCUUUGUGAGGUUAUCUCAGGAGAUCUGGAGUUGCCGUACAGCAGAUGAUUGUGACUCCUGGGACGUAUCAGUGUGGAUCUGCAGCAGUAGCUGAUUGGGCGUAGGCGUGUGUGUUUGUGUGUGAGUGAGUAGAAAGCGUAAGUUGUGGUUUGUGGUGAGGUCGAUGGCGUGCGGCCAGAGGCAGGAGUGUGGCCGCUACGUGUGUCUUUGUUUGUUUUCCUUGCAGAGCCCUAACCCCCCCCCCAACACAUAAACACGCUUGCUACCCAGUCCUUUUUGGAGAAAGUGAGGGGGAGGAGUCGUGUGUUCACGGAGCAACAACAGCCUGAAGGAGCAUACUGCCAAAUACUGUCGCCUGCUUUAAGAUUGUAGUACCUACUCAAGUAGAAACCAGCAUGAGUUGCCAAAUUCUACUCUGAAAAGUCCAUUUUACAAACAAAGACAAGGGUUUCUUUUUAUAGCGGCGCACUGGUUGAGGCGACAUGCUAUACAUGCAGGAUGUGGUCUGGCAUUGGCUCCUUGAUAUGGAAGGUCUUCCAUGACAAAGGUAGUGUCUGGUGAACACUGAGUUAGACACCCACUCGAGAGAUGAUGUUGAGGACCGCUUGCUUCUAGUUAUACCAACUUUAGUAAUGACCACAGAUAGCAAUACACAGUGGUCUGAGGAGCCAUAAACAAACCUCAACCAAAACGCCACUCUAUAGCCACAAAUAAUGCUCAGAACAGCACCUAACUUCAUCAACAGUACAUACAGGGUCCUAGCCGCAGCACUAGCCACCAAACAUCUUUUUAACUUUGUCUCAUUUCACACAACUCAUCUACUCUCUUCCAGCAGCUGCAUCUUUGUAGCGAGACCUCAGGCCGGUCCAUUACAGACUGCUGCGGAGUGACGCAGCUCAAGGAAGAACAUUUAUGAUCAUUUCUUUAUCAUUUCCUUGAAGUAAUAAUCACCAUAUUAAUCAUUUUGCACUGCAGACACGGUAGUUCUUCUGCCUUAGCAUCUUUGUCUGGUUGCAUUUCCAUGAAGAAAUGAUCAUAAAUGUUCUUCCUUGAGCUGCGUCACCCUGCAGCAGUCUGUAAUGGACUGGCCCGAGGUCUCACUACAAACAAGAGGAUGCUGGAAGAGAGUAGGUGAGUUGUGUUUAGUCUCUUUGCUAUAGAAAUUAGGCAAAAUUAACCACUGUGUAUUGCUAUCUUGGGAUUGUUACUAAAGUUGGUAUAACUAGAGAAGCAAGCGGUCUGCAACAUUUAUCUCUCGAGGUGUCUAACUCUGUGUGGCGAUGUGUUUGACCCUAAAUUAAUUUCAUGAAGGAAUAUCCCUUUAAUGGUGCUUCCUCAGAUGUGUAAGCUAGCCAUGCAAUAGGUUUUAAUGCACCCCCAUACCAUUGCAGAUACUUGCCUUAAACUGUGUGCCAAUAACAAGCCAAGUAGCCCCUCUCUUCAGGAGUAAAAAUGGGGUCCAUAAUUCUCUCUAGCUUUGUAUAUUUUCUUUGAUGAAAUAUUAAAACUGAAACACAUUAGAAUCAGGUUAGUUCGGCAAAAUAUGCAAAUGAAUAUAAAAUAUAAAAUAACCCUGGGAAUGUGAAUCACUAAGGUGUUCACACAGGAAUUUAUCCUCUAAUCUUAAUCCUUUAAUCUUUCAGGCCCUGUUAGAGCUGUAUGACAUACAUAUCUAUAAACAUACCCAUAUAAACGGGAGCGUUAUCAUGUCAACAGAGGUCAAAAAUCUACUUUUUUUAUCAAUAAUGAGCAAAAUCAGGUGAAAGUGUCUGCAGUGUUGAUGUUUCAUAUUUUUAAUGCGAAAGUCUGUGUCUAAAAUAGGUAUAAAACCACAUAAUCCCUCUUUAUGUUCACAUGUAGGUCCUCUGAUACCACUCUGAAAGCCUUUUCUUCUUCACCUCCUGCUGCUCUGUUUUAUUCCACAGUUAUUUUUUCCCGCUUACAUUGUUAUCAGAUAGGAUUUCAAUGGUUACCUUUGAUUUGGAGCGUGCUCAGAACGCCCAACAAUACCUCGUUCAAAAUUAUUGUGGAAUGACUCGCUUGGCCCGGUUUACAGUCUGCUUUGGCGCUCAGACCUCUCACCUCCUUAUCUCACAGCUCCACACUUCAUGUUUUAUGGCUUUGUCUCGUCGUAUUCAGGCGAUAGAUUUACAGGAUCAUCUCAUAUUUAAGAAGUUAAACCCAAAACAUCCCAUAAACCUAUUUCUCAUGGACGUGCUGCAGUCAGAGAUGGCUGUAGUCUCUUGUUUAUCUCUUGGUGAGGGAGUCCUGUUUGCUCUAAAUUUGAGCUCUUAAUCACAUAUUUCAGUGCUGUAUAUGUGGGGCAUGUUUCUCACUGACAUUCUCCUGCUAUUAAAAAGGGGGUCACCUCCUCUCCAGCGCUGAAUAUGACCUUUGUUAAAGGAAUUAUGGGACACUUUAUAGAGUGCGAUGAUGAGCAGAAACAAAAGUCUGGAAUUAAGCGGGAAAGAGAGCAACAAACAAGUGAACUCGUUAGAAGCACAAUAGACCCCUGUGUGUGUCUUUGUGUUUGUGUUAUAAAUUGCAUCCUUGCUCUGACACGGUUUGAGUAUUUGAGUUAAGUAUCUGAGGUUUGUUAUUGAAGGAGACAAACUUUGAUUAAUAUACUGAAGAACUUUUUCAUAGUUUUAUAGAAAGCCCUUGAAUCAAAUUGAAUCAAAUUUAAAAGACCCCAUUGCAAAAAGCAGUUGGGACACUAAGUGAAUUUUAAGAAUACCAGAAUAGGAUGGCUGUCUAGUCAGAUUAAUUUUUCGGACCAGAUGAUUGUUUUCUCUGUGGCUUCAGUCCAUCUUAAACAAGCUCAGACCCCAAGAAGUCAUCAGAUCUAGAUCAUGUUAUGUUUAGACAUAUUGUUUCCUCUUUGCAUCGUACAGCAAAACCUGAAUUUGUGGUUGCAGCUACACUCAGAGUUCACCAACAGUGUUAUAAAGGGAUUUUAGCCCAUGCAGUGAUUUCCACUACAGAGUUGUCGUAGUAAAAGGGCCUGAAGAUCAUGGCUAUCCAGUAUUUGUUUUCAUCUUGUCUCCUUUGUUCAGAGAUUUUAUUAGAUUACCUCAAUCCUUUUAGGAUAUUGUGUACUGUAGUAGAAGAAAUCCUCAAAUUCUUUGCAGUUUUAUCAUGAGAUAAAUUGCUUUGAAACUGUUGAGGUAUUUAAUAAUGAUAAAUUGAAUUUAUUUAGCACCCUUCAUAAAACCCAUCGCUUUGUUUGUAUUUGUAUUUAUUUAUUUAGCACAGAUUAAAAACAGUGAAAGGAGGGAACAAAGCCGAUGGGGUUAUACAGAGUUCCACUCUCGUCAGGGCAGUAAAGGCAUAGGGUGCAAACAACAAAGUAAUUAGGACAUAGACAGGUUAUAACAAUGAGUAGGGAAAGAUCAAAACAUAUACAAAUUGACAUAAACAGACCAUAGACUAAUCAUCAACCAGCCCAACCAGAGAUACAGAAAUUAUAAGUGUACAUUAAAAGAAAAGAAACAUGAACAUGACAGAUAAUGACAUGUUUAAGACGUGAUUUCGGUGAUAUUUUAAAGGAUUUCAAGGAUAAUAUUGAUUUUAGAGAUACAGCCAGAUCAUUCUAUAUUCGGUCCUCUAGAAGUGAUAUUAGACUGAUGACAAGAAGUUCAACAGAAAGGCAACUAAAGUUUCUCACACACAGGUGAACCUCUUCCCAUCUUAUCUCCUUAGAGUUCAGUCUCUCUAGCGUACUCUUUCUUUUCACAUGUUACUAACCUGUUUCAAUUUAACCGAAGUAGUUAAAAGAGCUUAUGUUAAUCUUUACUGGAUUAAAAAAAAAGUGGAAUCAUCAGCAGACAACACAAAUAUUCUCUAGAAAAGAUUAUGUGUAAGUAAUUAAUGUAUAUUAGAAAAGUAAAGGUCCCAGGAUUGAGCCUUGUGGCACCCCACAAGAAAUUAACCCAUUGUCAGAUCUACAUACCUCAACCUUCUGAUUUUUUUUUUGUUUGUUUGUUCGUUUAAAAAUGAGCCUCUCUUUAAAUAUAUAAAUCAAGUGUCAAAGGUGAAAAUGAGGAGACUCUCAAAUAGUUCAUGUUUCAUAAGAAACUGCUGUAACUGUGACAGAAUAUUUGACUCCAGCCACUAACACCUAAAAGUUUGAUGCCUCGUGUUCUGGUCACAUUCGAGGUGGCACAAGAACAAAGUGAGGAGGUCAGAGGAGGAAGUAUAAAUCAUACACAGAUGAGUACCAAUGGUUGUCAGGUAAGCAGUCAGCGUGUUUUUCAUCUGUCAGCUGCAGACAGGGAAAAUGACGUCCGAGCGUGUGUUAAAUGAGUUGUGACCCACGGCUGUUUGCAGCCCGUGCACCGCUGCACGAGCAGUGACUCCGCAAGAGAAAAGGAACAAAACAGAAAAACAAACGCCGGUGAAAGAGUGAACCUCCCUGCUCAUCAUCAUCACAGCCCCAUUCUUCCUCUCUCAAUUGCAACUGAAUCGCCUCGGUCUCAUUACAGAUUACGGCCUCAGCAGAGUGACUCUCCCCUUUCUCUCGCCUUUCUCCACACAGUCCCUCUCUUGAUUAACAUUUUCUGCUAGGCUUCACACCAAAGGCACAACCUGUGCGCUUUAAAGGCAGGGUGAAAAAAAAGCCAUCAAGCGCUGGAGUGGAAUCAGAUAAGGCUAUCAGGCAGGAGGCUUUACUGCCUGGGCUUUGUCCCGCUCCUCCACCCGCCCUCGCUUCCUCCCUCAAUCUCUCACUCCACUGCACCUUUUGUCCAGCUGAUUCCCUGACGGAGUGCUCCCCUCAGCCACAGACCCCCGACCUCCUGCAGCCCCACAGUCAGCGUAAAUGUGUGUGUUUGUGCAUGACUGUGUGUGUUGUUCACAGCAGCAGUUCAGACAAGAACAAACCGGGCUGUGGGCUAGACUGAUGUUGAGUUUGAACUUCCCUCAACUCUGCUUUAUUCACAGAGCUGCAUCUAUUCUGACGGCUCCUAAUGUCUGAAAAACAUCUGAUUUAUACCAGCGAAUUACCAAGCACACAAUCUUUCUUAGUGUUCAGUCCAUGAUAUACUUAUUCUAUUAAAAAAGCUGUUUUAUUUUACAAAUCAGAAAGGUGUUUGACCAUUAGCUCCAUUUAUUGUUAGCACUGUUGGCUAAUGCUAGGUGAUAACAAUAAGCUAAUAGUUUUUGUGCUAAAGCAACAUGACAACUUGGGUAGACCUUGCACUGUACUGUCAAUGUGGCUGAUUGUUCUACACAAAACAAAUGCUAAAAUUUAAGUUAUGGUCAAACAUACCAUAACAUGAUCAGCUAGUGCAGCGGAGUUUCGCAGCUCAAGGAAGAACAUUUAUGAUUAUUACUUAAUGGAAAUGCAAUCAGACCAAUAAUUGUGAUGAUUAUUUCUUCAUUUCUUUAUUUCUUCUUCGAGGUUUGCACAUGGAGACGUAGACCGCUGUGUAUUGCUAUUGUGCGGUCGUUACUAAAGUUGGUAUUAUGAGAGAAGCAAGCGGUCUGCAACAUUUAUCUCUCGAGGGGGUGUCUAACUCGGUGUUACGGUGUGUUUGACCAUAACUUAAAUUUAUGCCGGAAUAUCCCUUUAAGUUGCUUAUAAAUGCUUUUGAAGGUACCCUUUCUCUGCAUGCUUCUAGAAGCCCAAAGCAAUAAUCAGAAUUUCCAAUAUGGUGGCCACUUUCUUCAAAACAUCUCUACAGAAACCAGAGGGUGGCUGGGUCUCUGAGUUAUAAAGUCUGUGCUUCAAACUACGACUAUUUUCAUUGUUUUGACCAGAAGACUCUCAUCACAGAGCUAACACAUUGUUGAAACUGUUGAUAAAGGGUCUUUUAAAUUCAAAGCCACCCUCAUAGAGAGUAUUAAACCAUCUCUGAGCCUUUUUUUAAAACAUGGUCUUAUGGACUCUGGACUUCGAAGUCCCACGAUUGCCAGCUCUCCUCCAGAUGGUGGCUGAACCUCUGCAGACCCUUUCUAAAGAAGAGAAAGUUGGAUCCUUUCUCCUGCUCUCAAACAAGCUGCUGUUCCUCUUUAAGAGAUUGACUGGUGCACUGAUGCAGCCACAGUGUGAAUGUGUGUUUGUAUCUUUUGAAGGGAGCGGACUUUAAAUCCCUGCCCGGUCCCAUGUGGUCCGAGCAUGUGGGACUCCAGCAGAUCCUAGUCCUGCAGAUCCCCUCUCAUCACAAGAUAUUUGCAAACAGAUGCGUGAAGCCGGCCUGCAGUUUUUUUGAUCAAUCAAGCUUUAACAAGUCAAGUUGACUGGAUGCGAAUGUAACAUUUUGCAUGUGAAAGGACGAGGCCAUGGAAGGCCUGGUUUUGAUUAGGCCUAAGCUGAUAAAUGGUGGAUUCAAACAGCCCCCCUGCCACUGCAGAGAACCCCCAGAGGUCCAGGGGUUUAAAUCCAGACUGAUAUCAACUCUGUUGCUCCUCUUUCUUCUCCAAACCCAUGAAUAGAUCCAUUAUUCAGCAGACUCAUUCUCAUCUCCUAAAUUGAAGUGGCAGCAGCUUAAAAGCCCCCAUUUUCUGCCCCCGUUUUUGUCCAAGUCAUUCACCCUCCUAAAUUUGCCUACUGAAAUAUUCAUGGGUGUGGUUAGCCUCAGUUUGUCCCCUCACGUAAUCAUUGAUUUUAUAUUGGGGACUUCACACUUAAAUGUUAUGUUUGAAUAAAAGAAAUACAGGUAUGUUCAUGUCUAAAUGAAGUCUGUUCAAAUACGUUGGAUUGGACAUUUUGAGAAUCAUAAAAGAGUCAGUCAAGUCAAACAACACAGCAGGGUUUUAUUUUAAUUUUUUUUUUUUUUCGUCAGGAAAAAGGUCCUAAUUCCUGUGCCUUUCCAUAAACAGAGCAAAACGUACAGUUACUGCUGAGACAUGAGAUUCAGAGGGAAUUACACUUUUCACCAAAACCAACUGAAACAGCUUUUUUUGACGAAAACAAACCAACAAAAAGAAAAUAAAAGUCAUUGUUAUGAACCAUUGUAUUUGUUGGUGCUACUGUGGGAGCUGAAUAUGAAGAGCAUUUGUGUUCAAUAACAGAAUUUCCUGUAUAGCCAGCAAAGUGUAAACUAUUGUGUCAAACCAUGUCAGAAUAUGGAGUACUGUUAGAAUAUUGUCUGUGUCAUGUUUAAGUCUUUCAUCUCAUUUGGUGUCAAACCAUUCCCUAAAGCAUCGUGUCUUAUCAUGUUGUAUCGUAUCACACUAUAUCCUUUUCUACUGAAUCGCACCAUGAUACAUUGUAUUGUAUCACAUCGUACUGUAUCUGUGGAUGAAGGUCAGAGUUAGUAUUAGAACUGAGAGAAUAUGCUUUUCUCCAAUUCGAUUCUUCUACGAGUUUUUGGAUGCCAAUUCGAUUUAAAUUGUGAUUCUACAAUAAUGUCGAUUUUCUUGAUUUUGUAAUCUGCAUUUUUUUAACACCAGUGAAACUGUUGAAUGAUUAUGAUUGUCUACUGACUAUUCCAGGAACCAUAUUUCUCCAAAAAAUAUACAUCACAUGUACGUCAGUUUUCAAGAUUUAUUCUUAAAUUUGAAAAAAAAAAAAAAUGCUUUUUAAAACAUUUUUUAACUUUUCUAACGAUUUUUUUCUCCCACCCCUAGUUAGUAUUGUGUUGUAUCCUCUUGUAUUGUGUCAUAUUGAAUUGAAUGAUAUUGAAUCACUUCUUAUCAUUUCUCGUAUUUUCUAAUUUCAUUGCAGUGUAAGGUUUAAGGUCAGUAAUGUAUCAUAUUGUGUUGUACUGUAUCUUAUCAUACAUUGUUUUGUAUUGUAUUUUAUUGUAUCAUAUGGUAAUGUAAUGUGUCUAUAUCAAUUGUGAAAUAUUAGAAUAGCAGAAAGUUUGUUUGGCUCAAAAGUUGAAGUCGUUUUCACAGAAGUUACCGAUUGAUUUUUGUAGUUGAUUUAGUGUUAUUAAUUCUUCCACCUCAGAGUAGAGUUUGAUCAUUUUGACCUACCUGAGUGUUUUCAAGGUUUAUACUGAGUGACUGUGUGUUCAAUCUAAAACCCUUUUUUCCACACAAAGUGGAAUAUUGUGGUUUAUUUCAAGGUCUUGGCCACUGCAUCUCCAUCAUCUAUUCAGCAGCUAAGUGCCACUCUGGCCCUUCAACCCCACCUCCAAACCAAUCAAGGCCAACUGGACUCCCUGUGAACUCUUCACCCUGUGUUGACCACACUCCAUGACCCCAGGGGAGAGAAAUAUUGCUCAAAGCUCUGUGCACACAGAGCCUAAUAUUGUUACCGUGGCUUAAAAUUAAUGUAUAUGUGGUAUAAAAUGCACCAAGACACAAAUAACUGACUUUUAGAGUAAUUUCUGCUUUUGUCUAGCCUGGAAGUGCAGCUCAUACGCUGUGAAUAAGCUCUGAAAGUUUGUCUUUGUCUUCUUUUCUCUUUGCAGUCGACUUCUUGGCAAAGUUCUGCAUUUUUAGCCAGGAGAAGCUGGCGGAGUACAAAAGAGCUUUUGAAGCAGUAAGUAGAAAGAGGUUUCAAUCUUUCAUACUUCCUUGAAAUCUUUUAUGCUUUCACUUACAAUAAAACGUUGCUCUCAUUAAUACAAACGGGGUGAUUUUCAUUCUGGUUCCUCUCUAGUUAGAAACUCUACCACAAAGGUGUCUUUCACAAUUUCCCAGAACUCAAGUCGACUUAUUUCAACACCUCAUUUCAUCGAACACACAGUCAAAACCUGAAGUUGUUCAAACUAUGAUAACAGAAGAAUACGAUUCUGGGAAUAUAUGUAAUUCAAGGAGCAGAACGUUGUUCUCUGCUUUGAAAAUGAAUCGCAAAGUGCCAAAAUUGUUGCCAAUUCUCUUCCUAUAAAUCAGCUGUAGUCAUAAUCAUAUGACAUUUUUCCCAGCCUGGGUCACAAAGAGUCUGGAGUGAAUGACAAACUUUUUCAAGUCUUGAUAUACUUUAUUUUUCUAGGAUUUUCUAGGAUUUUGCCUAAUUUAAGUUUUUUUUCUGUGAAAAAUUGGAUGUUUUACUGUUACAGACUCUUGAAAGUCCUUUAGAUGCUGCCAGCUAUCUGCAUGUAGGGAUGUUGAUUUGUCGUACAAAAGUAAACAAGAGAUAAAAAUAACUGGGAAGAAUCAAACACGACUUUGUAUGUUACAAAAAACGUUGCUGUAUUGAGCUCUUAUCUGUGACAAAGCUCAGAUUCUGGGGUUUAGGUGUACUUGCAUCUGUGACUUGUUAAUCCAUCAGUCCGGUUGAGUGUUAAAGGCAAUUUAUUGUUCCAAAAAAGGAAAGAAAACACAAGGUCCAGGUCCAAAAACUUGUGCUUUCAAAUGAAAAGGUGAUAUAAUGAAGAUGAGGGUAGAAAGAUGAGUGACACGGUCAACAGAAAAUUAUCAUAACUUUCCAAAACCUGUCACCGUGUUUUUAAAUAACCUACCAAACAUCCCGAAACCACGACCCCAGUGUUGGUCCCUAGAAGUGACAUAUCUUUAAGAAAUCAUACCCUCAGUGAAUAUAUUUUGACAUUUUGACUGAUGAAGAGUGUCAAAGAAGUGUAACUUUAAAGUAAAUUGGAGAUAUGAGGUUUUAGCUAACCAGGAAUGUGUCGAGAAAUAAUUUAAAAAAAAAACUGCAGUUCCUUCAUCAUAUCAUGUCGUGUCUUAUUGCAGGGUUAGGGUGAGUAUUGUUUGUGAUGUCCUACAAAAGGUAGAGAGUCUCCUUGAGGUAAUUUCUGUUUAUGAAAGUGAGGUUGAGUCGGCAUUUCCAAUAUGGCAUCAAUGGGCUUAAAAACUCAUCUGCAGAAGUCCACGAGUGACGCCUCACUCAUGGAAGCAUUUGAUGAUGAUGUUAUUAAUGAUUGUAAUAAUCAUUAUCUCUGUGCAGGAGGACGGUGACGGUGACGGCUACAUCUCCUGCCUUCAGGUUCUUCUCGCUCUUAAAACCAUCCUCCCUGCAGAGCUGCUGUCUGAGGAGGAAGAGAUCUACGUUUACAGGGUUGGCUCAUCCUAGAUCUUCACAUACACUCUUCACACUCAACGCAAACUUUAAGAACUGUAACAGUGGUCUCUCUUGUGUUUUGGUUGCAGAUCCUAGAAAUGGUGGACUUCAGAGUGACAGAUGGACUCGUGGACCUGAGACUCUUCGCUGUGAUCGCUAGUCUGGCUCAGAAAAUCGCCACCAUGGAGUAAGUCAUGUCCGCAGACACGCUUCUCAGAGAGACAGGAAGAGCAGUCUUUGACCUGCAAUAAAAAAGAAGAAGGGUGUGUUCAUAAGUUUGGUUCUGCUGAUUAUGGCGUCGUGUGUGGGGCUGUCUGUGAUCUCUGUCAUCUCGUGUCUUCAGAUGUUUUAUGUGACUGUUAGAAGUCCCAGUUAUGAGUUUGGUUUAAUGGCUGCAUAUUCAGAAGCGCUUUAACAUCUAAUUGAUUGAAAACUUCAAAAAAGAUUCAUCUGAAGUGAUAGCCUUACAGUUGAGCUUCUCAAAUGUAAAUAAUUGCCAAUUUCCGCUUAUUAUUAUUAUUAUUAUUAUUAUUAUUAUUAUUAUUAUUAUUAUUAUUAUUAUUAUUAAUGUUAACAACAAUAAUAAUAAUAAUAAUAAUAAUAAUAAUAAUAAUAAUAAUAAAUUUUAUUUAUAGCUCACUUUUACAGGUGCUCCAAGACAAAGAAAAAAAUAAAAUUAAAAAAAUAAAAUUAAAAAAAAAAUACAGAAAAAUUUGAGAAAAAGGUGAAAAAAGACAAAAUAUAAGAAGACAACAAAAUAACAGUUCACAGGUUAAAAGCCAAUUUAAAAAAGUGUGUUUUUAGUAGUGAAUUGAAAGUAUGGGGGUCUGUACAUUCUCGGAUGGGUUUGGGGAGUGUAUUCCAGAGGGUAGGAUGGCAGCGAGGAAUGCUCUGUCCCUCCAAUGAAAAAUAAAUAAUUUAAUGAAGUCUUUGUAAAUGUAAAUCUGGUUUGACUUAACUUGGUUGUACAGAAUAUUUUCGUCAUCUCAGACCAGCUGUGUCACUAUUUUCUUCUGUGAAUAACUCGACUGAUUGUAAACUGGAACAUUUCUUAAAAUGUCUGACUAUCUAUUGAAGGGCUGCUACAGUGAGCAUGCUAGCAGCUGCUGCUUCUUUUCCCUCUGUUUUCUCCUCUGUUUUUUGGUAGGUGAACCACUGAUGCCCCUUUGCUAUCAACCGAUCAGUUACCGUAUACUACAGUUGGAAUGCUUUAAGCACCAGGUCAAUAUUUCCUUCUUUAGAAAGAUAUUUAUUAUCAAUACCAGUAUGUUGCAAAAACCCUGAAGGCAACCCAAGUUAGGACACUAAAAAAAUCCCAUUCAUCAAUUAACUGUUAAAGUUUGGAAGUUAAAACCAAAUUUAAAUCUUCUCUUGGAGAAAUCAACUUUGCGAAACAAGAUUUAUGAGGCUUUCUUUAAGACAUCGCCACAAUUUUAUGACACAUGAUCUCAAAAUGCUUUGAUAAGAGCAUAUCCACAGCGUUGCGGUGAACCCUCAAGACUGAAGAAAUCACUCUAAUUUGAACUCGGCCUUCACGUCCCCGUGUCUCUUACAUUUGGCCCCAUAUGUCUCAGAUUCCCACACACAUCGCCUCUCUCCCGCCCCGGGGUGUAAAGCUUCCUACAGACAGGAGAGUGUGGAGCCAAGCCUUCUCUGGAGGUCUCUGAGGGUCAAGGCUUGCUCCCGGAGCCCUCGCCCUGUAGUGAGAGCUCCCUCUCAGCGAGGACAGGGCCAGGGUCACGGGUCCCCUGAUUUACGGCUGCCCCCUUUGUGAGGCGUAUUAGAGGAGGCCUGUAGACCGCCUGCCCCACUGGCACUGUGAGACCAGGGUGUCUGCUCUGUAUGGAGGCAAUUAUAGUAAUGAUAAUGAAUUACUAUAUUAAACCUCUUUGCACAAAAGUCCUCUUUGCAAUUUAAAUAAGACGAAGAAGGAAGAUCAGCGUUCAUAAUGCCAGCGCCCAAACAAGCAGAAGACAAUAGCAUCCUUCUGUCAUCUCAUCCCAACUGAACUAAACUGAUCCUCUUACCUGUUUCACUUAAUCCUGUUGUCUCUAAUCCUGUCUUAGAAAUGAGCUGCAACAGUAGUUACACAAUCAGCCUUUCUGAUCAUGUAAGCCUUUGAAAUCUGAGGAGCUGCAGUCUGCAUUUUAUAUAUGCUUCCCAUUCUUCUUCCAGUUUUACCUUGCACUAAUUGCACCCUUCCCCCUUCAUUCUCCUCCUUCCUUUUCAGAUUUCACUGUCCGUCCCUCUAAUCUCUGCGGCUCUCUUGUUGCCUACCUCUCACCCUCUGUUUCGUGCUGUUUUGGCCCUUGACUCAGCCCAUCUGUCCCUGUGUGCUGCAGCAUUGUGCUUUCCCAACAAGUCCACCUCACACAGCGCCGCAUUCCCUCAGGGCAAGUCACAUGAUCCGCCGACAAGAACAUUGCCAUACAGGAUUCCCCCCAAACAGCAUCGAGGUCAUUGUUAUUGUCGCUGCGGCCCCUUGUGAGCAUGCAUGCGUGCUCUGAGUGUUACCGCAAGUCUCCUCGUUCCUGGAAUUUGACAAAACUGACUUAAUGAGUCACGCAGCGAAGAAGCUGUCAUGACACAGCAGAACAUAAACCGUAUCUCCAUAAGGUCACAAAUGUGUCAAGAAUAUUUUUUCAGUAACACUUUAUUUGAUGUCUAUCUCUAUAAUGCAUUAUAAAUAUAUGUAUAAUGUGUAAUAAUCACAUUAUAGCACUAUAUAACAAUAGUAAUAAACAUUCAUUAAUGAUUAUAAUGCUUUAAAGCAACAAUCAUAACACAUUAUAAAGCGUUUUGUUAUGACUUACAAGGUCAGGUAUUAUAAUGUGUUGUGACUAUUGUUAUAAAGCCUUAUGAUAAUUGAUACGUGUUUACAAUGGUAGUUAUACAAGUUUAAAAGCAAAUUAUAACACAUCAUAAAUAUAUGUAUAAUGCAUUAUCUAUGUGGGCAUUGUCAGUGAGUUGUUAACAGUUACAACACAUUAUAAUACCUGACCUUGUAAGUCAUCAUAAAAUGGCUUGUGUGAAAUGCUUCCACACAUUAGAUGGUGAAUGUGGCAUUUUUCUGUAAAAUAGAAUAACAAAAAAGCUGUCAUGAACAGAAAUAUAGUUGGCUAAACAACUGGAAUGGUCUUCAAAAUAUUUGACAGUCGAUGUAUAAAUAAUUGUAUGGUUACAGGAAACCGUCUUGCAGGAGUCAAAAGAAACAGCAUCACAUUUGACCACCACCAUAAUAAACUAGCCCCUUAAAUGGUCAAUGUAAUGAAAAAUAGCUUAUAUUUAGCAUCUAUUUUUAUUUAAUUUUUGCAAGUUAAAUAUUAAUACUAUAAUAGAUCAAAUAUAUUUACCCCAUAACAUUAUCAAAACUUACUUGACUUUAUAUAGUUCGUGGGCUCAGAUGUCUUGUGCUUUGGGCACAAAAGUGUGGCCUCCAGGGUUCAAGAAAUCAUCAGUCCCUGUAAUUGAGGAGUCUACUUGUAUUAAAUCUGGUUGUUUUAGCCAAGAUUAUGCUAAAAUAUAUUUUCCCCAACUAUAUUUAAGUUCUCUGUUGAGGGCCAACCUUCAGUUUGUAAAUUUCAGAUUAAUUCCCAUUAACUCCCAUGGAAAGUUUCCAACUUUGAAAAUUUGCCAACCCUAUUCAGAAUUGAUGUAGAGUGAACAGGUGGUUUUGGAAGUUAAAAUACUGACAACACUUAAGCAAAACCCUUGUCUAAUAAAUGUUUUUUAUCAUAAUAUUUUACAGUUAAAAAAACCCUCCCCUCAUCCUCUGAGCCAGUGCCACAGCCCUGCUCUGGGCACACAAACUCUCCCUCCUCCUCCAAAUUUCCCUCAGUCAGCACAGCUCUGCUCAUCCCGCUCAAAAUCAUCCCAAAACAACUCUCAUUUCUGUCAAAUCAAACUAGGUCAGAAUAUGUUUGCAUCCUUUUACCCCCCGUUCUGCUGUAUACCAGCCCCCCAAUGAGGAGACCGCCAGAAUUUUGUAGCGUUACGUAAGCGAGAAGUCUGCUGUGUCACAGCGGGGUGCCAAGGGAGACCAACAAAAGAAAAUGGGUUAGGCUGCUAUUAUCCUCCCCGCAGUCCAUCUCCAGUCCCCCAGCCCCUCGUUUACGCUCGCCAUUAUCACGCCAGUGUCCUUAGCACACCAGCAUUUGGACUCUUUUACUGCAAACCAAGUGCAAUUAAUGAUCAUUAGCUGCCCUGUCUCGCUUCAUCCCCAUCAAGCCCCUGCUUGCACCCUGGUUGGAGGACAAGGGCCAAUCAUGGCGCUGCAAGCACUCAGGCGUACAUUGCACCCGUUGGCCCAUCGCUGGCCCAUUCUUCGCUCUAACAGGGCAUUGAGCGCUCAGUGAGGAGGGGCUCAUUAACACCGGGCGCUCGUUAGAGAAGGGAUGACCGUCGCUGUGCCACACGCUGGACUGGAGAGGACAUAAGCAGUCGUGUCUCCCUCUAAUUAUCCGUGCGGACCUAGAUUUUGUUGGUCUGCCAGCACUCGCAUUGCUCCAGAGUGUGUGCCCUGGUUGCUGAAUCCCCUCCCUAAACCUCCACACGAACCCGCUCCCCGCUCACCCUUCCUCACCCUGUCCCAGCCGACCCCCCUCACACCCACACACACACCCACUGUCCCAAAACCAGAGCAGUUUUAUCCGUUACUGUGGCGGGAUGUCCACGUGUGCCCACGUAUUGUUUGGGCAGCCAGGCCACUGUGAGCAACCACAAUGGGCUCAGAACACUUUACCAUCACAGAUCUGCAAACACAACAUCGCACGAGAUGGAACCGCCAAAACUCGCUCAUCAACACAAACACACUGUCCUGACAUUGUCUGCAGAGGCAGUCGGGCUGUUUUAACAUUUCCAAGUCUGUUUGGAAGAUGGACUCGAUAAAUGAAAAAUAACACAGGAUAAACUCUCAGAGUUUUUUUUGGGUUGCCUUGUCCGGGAAGGAAACCUAAAAACGAAGAAAACACAAAGACAGAAUAGUUUUACACAAGUUACUUUGAGUUAAAUUCCGGUAAGUGUAGGAUAUAUUUUGUGUUAUUGGUGGCUGAGGAUGUUCAUGUUUAACUGACUGAAUAAUUGACAUUGUCACUCUUGUUAGUUAGCACCAGAUUCUCUAUUUGACUGCACCAGCUGACAUUACUGACAUAAAAAAAUGAUGGUCAGAUGUGAUGCUGUAGUGGCACUAGCCCUAGUCCUCUUUUACCCGGACAUGUCCUCUUUUUAGGGGGGUUGUCCGGGCUGUCCGGCUUUGUCCAGGAAAAUUUGUAAAAUCCUUCAAAUGUCCAGGGUUUUCUUUAUGGAAGUUUCAAAUUUGUGUCACGUGGAUUUACUGAGUUAAAAGUGCAUAAAAGACACAUGAUCCGACCCAAAAAACUCUGAAAAGUAACUUUUUGUCCAUAACUUCACCCCUGAGUAGUCGUGUCCUCUUUUUGGGGAUUCAGAAUAUGGUCACCCUAUACUAGCCUAGCUCAGGUUAAUGUGCGCAGAUGUUCUACUUCCUGGAUGUGAAUAAGCACAGAUGACAGAUGGCAUUUGAUAGUGUGGUCUGCGUUUUGAUCGAGAAAAUAGAAAUAAAGUUGUAUGUGGGCUGUGUGGCUGAAUUCCUACAAAACCACUCGUUACCUUGCAGUUGGUGGUGCUAGCUCUGCUACUGUUAGCCACACUCUGACCAGCUUAUUCUGCUCCUCAUGUUUAGCUAUGAUACAUCAAUUCUGCUCGGUUUUCACAACUUUCUGAGCGAUUUACUAUCUUAAGACAACAUGGUGAAUACAGAAUAAGAAUCAAGUCACCUCAGUCUCUGCUUUUGAAAACUUUGCUGAUCAUUUUCCUUUUUUUUUUCUUUCAGUGAGUUUAUGCGAUCGCUGAUUAGCGUCAUGGACUUCCGCUCUCUAGAAGUGCGUCUCUUCAAAGCAAAGGUAAAGCCAGAGUCUUACUUUCAUUUCCAAAGUUCUCCUAAACUUCUUUGGCUCUUUAUAAUGUUGAUUUUGUUUUCUCAAGGUGCACUUGAAUCCCUUCGUGCACCAUCAGAUUAACUCCCACAUCAGCCACAUUCAUGCCCCUGCUUCUCUUCCAUUCCAAUGAAAUAAAACGUAGUAAACACUUUGAAGAGCAAUUCCAAAGCAUUCUUUGUAAAGCCAGCUCCUCUUUUCUGGGAGAAACACUCAGUCCUCAUGCAUAGAAAUGAGGGGGACAGGCUGGAGAAACAGAGAGAGGGGUGCUUUUCCCUUUUCAUAGAUUAGGGAGAGCCUAAUCUCAUUAAAGUGCCCAGCAGUGAACAUGCCGUCCACUCCGCCCAGCCCUGUAAUCAGCCUGAGACACACGGCUCAUCUCAGAUGGACCGGGGACCGGCCGACCGGCCGACCAGCUGGCCGAUCACACAGACCCGGCCCUCAUUCAUACGAGGAAGUAGAGGCAGCAGGAAGAUGAAAGCCUGCAGCCGAGGGUGUGGAAACUGAGCCUCUGGCCAGGUAGGGAGGCUGUGUAAUUACAGAGCUGUUAGGGAUAGGGUUGUUAACUGGAGAGGCUGGAGGGGGGAAUGGGCUAAUUGCCAGGAGGAUUAUCCCCCCCCACACACCACCUAUCCUCACCCUCCCUUCCCCCAACAAUUAUUACCUUGACUGCGUUAACUGUGCAAACAGGUGCACGCAAACAAGCCUGCAAACAGGUCGAGGUAAUUUGAGGCUCCAUACACAACAUGGACUUGUGUUAUGCAUAGACUCGUGAGCACAAACACACUGACACAGCUGAAACCAGUCUUCCUUGUUUUCCGUCUUAUUCCUAUCUUAAAUUCUCAUCCUGACUCAUGCAGCAACUGUUCCUGUUCCUCCUGGAGGAGCAGCGAGGAGACAGCGGAGCUCAGCCGGGUUUCAUCAGCGCCGAGCAGCUUCUACUAGAGCUGAAAGCCGGGGGGAUCCAGCUAGAGCAGGAGGCGGCUGUGAGGCUGGAGCUGCAGCACAUUCCUCCCCUCGACCUGCUGGACUUCCUGGCGUACCUGCCCCUCUUUAUGCUCAUCCACAAGUCAGUCAUUUCUAACCCUCUGGACAGCUACAGCAACCUCUGACCUCAGACCCUGUGCCAUGUUUGCCUCUGGAUCUUUUUCCAAGGGACUUUUCUCCA